CACAAGAGUUGCCUCAUAAGCCCAGAUGCUGUGGGUCCUUCUCCAGUUAGCUCCUCCCUGCCAGUGAAAGAAUUGGAGAGUACUACAGUGUCCUGAGUUGAACACUAGAGGGAGACAAAGGCACAAAAAGCUGGAAUAAGCUUCUUGUGACUUUCAAGAACUCUCUCGGAUCCAGAGGACCCACUCUGUUUGUACAGGAAGGAGCUCCCUUUGCUGAUUCAUGGGUGGUGUCUGCCAGAUGGAUGGACUGGACAGAAACUGCAGCUUGAUGUUUCCUGGACUGCUGAAGACUUUGAAAGGGACUAUGUUGGUCUUCCCUACGGAUGGAGGGUUUCCUGCGAUCUUAACCAUUCAACUGCCUCCUUCCAUGAAAUAAUUGAGCCAAGAUUCAGAUAAGAUUCUUCAGGCAGGUGAGAUGCUUGGGAAGGUAGAUUUUUGACCUUAGUUAGGAACUUGGCCGAACACCUAUGGGAAGACACUCAGCAUAAGAAACUACAUCUUUUCUUCUAGCAACUGUGCAUACCGACCGUCGAGAUCAAAACAGGCAGGGAAUUACUGGGUAGGCCUUAGGUGUCCAUGAGAUCCUGGGAUGGCAUGAGGCUCCAGGUAGACACAGGAGACUGCUCAGAACCUAGUUUCAACCUGGGAUAUUAUUAGACAUCAGUGAGACUCUGACAGAAGAAAAGGUACCAGUUACAUCCUCCUGACAGCAUGACACCUCAAUGAUAAUUUAGAGAAGGUAAUAGUCCCCUAAAAAUACCGGGGAAAAACUUUGGACCCUGGAAACAUCAUAGAAAUGGAACAGGUUCCAGUGAGACCCUGGAGCAGGAUUGAGUCCAAGAGAGAACCAAGGAAAACAUUCAAGUCCAAGGAGGUCCUAAGGAAGACUUUAAGCCUUAAUGAGAAUCUAAGACAGACUUUAGAUCCGAAGGAAAAUCUCUGGGAAGCCAUAGCCAUGAGUGAGAAGGAGGGGAAUGAUUUCUUCCUCAGUGAGAAUGUGGAAGACUGUUAGAACCAGUGAAAAAACACAGUUUGGAUUUGGUGAGGCCUUAGGUUUCUGUGAAUACCUUUUGAAAGCCUUGGGUUGCAGUAAGAACACCAAAAGCUCUUCUAUGCCAGGGAUGUAUUGGAGAAGACUUUAAACGCUGUGUGAUCCUGGGGACAUUCUUAGACCUGACAGAGAAUCUAGGCAAAACCUUAGGUUCAACUUUGCAAUAUUGUAGGACACAGAUCGAACCCUGUCAAGGCCUGAGAUCUUGUGUUUCUCAGGAAGGCCUAACAUACCAGUGUAAUCUUUCCAGAAGUUGACGACACACCGAGAAUCUCUAAGAUCCUUUCUGUUUCACAAAGAAACUAGGGAAGACAGGAGGUCUCAAUAACACUUUGAAGAAGGCCUUUAGCCACAUGGAGAUCUUUUGGAAUGUUGGACGUCGUAUUUCGAACAUGAAGAAAGCCUUCAUUCCCUGUGAAAAUCUCGGAUGGGUUCCUAGACUGCAAUAGAAGUUAAGAAAUAUAUCGGCCCACUUGAUACCCUGUGCAUAGGCUCUAGCAAGAUGCUGUGCAAGGAAUUAGGCCACAGAUACGACUUUGGAAAGCUGUAGGCCACAGGGGUAACCUGGGAAUUCUUGUGGGCCUUGGACCAUAGGCUUCAUUGUGUCUUUGGAGGGAGGUCUUAAAGCAUACGUAGUGUUCCCAUUUAAAUUAUCCAGUCCUGCUUUUUGUAUUGUGAUGCUAAUUCUGCCCCCAGACAGCAGACCACAAAAUACCCAGGUGAUUUCAUGGGAACCGUCUUCCUAUAUUAACCUGUCAAUAAAUCUAGAGCUUCUGAUCGGAGACUAGAAGGGAAAGGUGAGACUGGAGGUUUGACGGUGGUAGCAGCUGGAGAGAGGGAAGGGCAAAAAAUCAAGGAGAGCGGCCUGUAGAGGAGGAGCUGAGAUCGACCUGAUUGCAUUGGAUUCUAUGUUCUAUAUAUGGUCUCAUUGGCUUUGGAAAUUAGAGCAACAAAUUGGCUCCAAACCUGGGGAUUAGAACCCAAGCAACUUGAGGGAAAAUUCACUCCUCCCCACUAUAGGCAAGUAGGGCUGGGCUGUAAAGUUGCCUUGGGGUGAAAAUGAAACACCUAGUGGGUCUACAAGGUUCUAUACAUCUACUGAGAAUCUCCCUCCCUAAGCCCCAUUUAGACCAUGACAGUAACCCAUCUCUGAGUUCAGACUUACCCCAGUACCAAUGUCACAACAUAGUUGGGGUUCGUUGAGCCUAAAUGGACCAAGGACGCUGGGGCAGGUCUUCCUGUGAAACAUCAGAGCUUAGCAUCAAGAGGUGAAAAAAUGGUAGCCCACUUUGCAAAGGCUUCUCACGGGCACAGGAAGCUGAUCAGGUGUCUCCACCAAAGCAAGCCUUCCUGUGCUCGCUUUCCUUUCUCUCCCAUGUCUCAACAGGACACAGAACAGCCAGACCUGCUGUACAGACGGCUUGCACUGCAGACAGCCCCAGAUCGCAGCACAUAGUGCCAGCAGCCGUGCAAACAGAGAUGGCUCAGAAGGCUUGGGUCCUUCUCCAAUUAGCUCGUGCCUGCAUAUAAAUAUUUGGAGAGUAGUGCGGUGUUUUGAAGGAACAAGAGAGAGAGUGAGAGAAAGGCACUAGAACACUGAAUCAGGACUGCUGAAGACUUUGAAAGGCACUAUGUUGGUCUUCCCUACGGAUGGAGGGUUUCCUGCGAUCUUAACCAUUCAACUGCCUCCUUCCCUGAAAGAAUUGAGCCAAGAUUCACAUAAGAUUCUUCAGGCAGGACACAGAACAGCCAGACCUGCAGACGGCUUGCACUGCAGACAGCCCCAGAUCGCAGCACAUAGUGCCAGCAGCCGUGCAAACAGAGAUGGCUCAGAAGGAUUGGGUCCUUCUCCAAUUAGCUCGUGCCUGCAUAUAAAAGAUUUGGAGAGUACUGCGGUGUUCUGAAUGGAAAAGAGAGAGAAUAAGAGAAAGGCACUAGAACUCUGAAUCAGGACUGCUGAAGACUUUGAAAGGGACUAUGUUGGUCUUCCCUACGGAUGGAGGGUUUCCUGCGAUCUUAACCAUUCAACUGCCUCCUUCCGUGAAAGAAUUGAGCCAAGAUUCAGAUAACAUUCUUCAGGCAGGACACAGAACAGCCAGACCUGCUGUACAGACGGCUUGCACUGCACACAGCCCCAGAUCGCAGCACAUAGUGCCAGCAGCCGUGCAAACAGAGAUGGCUCAGAAGGCUUGGGUCCUUCUCCAAUUAGCUCGUGCCUGCAUAUAAAAGAUUUGGAGAGUACUGCGGUGUUCUGAAUGGAAAAGAGAGAGAAUAAGAGAAAGGCACUAGAACUCUGGAUCAGGACUGCUGAAGACUUUGAAAGGGACUAUGUUGGUCUUCCCUACGGAUGGAGGGUUUCCUGCGAUCUUAACCAUUCAACUGCCUCCUUCCGUGAAAUAAUUGAGCCAAGAUUCAGAUAAGAUUCUCCAGGCAGGACACAGAACAGCCAGACCUGCUGUACAGACGGCUUGCACUGCACACCGCCCCAGAUUGCUGCAUAUGCAGCCAGCAGCUGUUCAAAUAAACAGACAUGGCUCAGAAGGCUUGGGUCCUUCUCCAAUUAGCUCGUGCCUCCAUAUAAAAGAUUUGGAGAGUACUGCGGUGUUCUGAAUGGAAAAGAGAGAGAGUAAGAGAAAGGCACUAGAACUCUGAAACAGGACUGCUGAAGACUUUGAAAGGGACUAUGUUGGUCUUCCCUACGGAUGGAGGGUUUCCUGCGAUCUUAACCAUUCAACUGCCUCCUUCCGUGAAAUAAUUGAGCCAAGAUUCAGAUAAGAUUCUCCAGGCAGGUGAGACGCUUGGGAAGAUAGAUUUAUGACCUUAGUUAGGGACUUGGCCAUAUACCUAUGGGAAGACACUCAGCAUAAGAAACUACAUCUUUUCUUCUAGCAACUGUGCAUACCGACCGUCGAGAUCAAAACAGGCAGGGAAUUACUGGGUAGGCCUUAGGUGUCCAUGAGAUCCUGGGAUGGCAUGAGGCUCCAGGUAGACACAGGAGACUGCUCAGAACCUAGUUUCAAUCUGGCAUAUUAUUGGACAUCAGUGAGACUCUGACAGAAGAAAAGGUACCGGAUACAUUCUCCUGACAACAUGACACCUCAAUGGUAAUUUAGAGAAUGUACUAGUCCUCUGAAAAUACCUGGGAAAAGCUUUGGACCCUAGAAACAUCAUAGAAAUGGAACAGGUUCCAGUGAGAAACUGGAGCAGGACUGAGUCCAAGAGAGAACCAAGGAAAACAUUCGAGUCCAAGGAAGUCCUAAGGAAGACUUUAAGCCUUAAUGAGAACCUAAGACAGACUUUAGAUCCGAAGGAAAAUCUCUGGUAAGCUAUAGCCAUGAGUGAGAAGGAGGGGAAUGAUUUCUUCCUCAGUGAGAAUGUGGAAGACUGUUACAACCAGUUAAAAACCACAGUUUGGAUUUGGUGAGGCCUUAGGUUUACAUGAAUACCUUUUGAAAGCCUUGGGUCGCAGUAAGAACGCCAAAAGCUCUUCUAUCCCGGGGAGGUAUUGCAGAAGACUUUAAAUGCUGUGUGAUCCUGGGGACCUUCUUAGACUGACAGAGAAUCUAGGCAAAACCUUAGGUUCAACUUUGCAAUAUUGUAGGACACACAUUGAACCCUGUCAAGGCCUGAGACCUUGUGUUUCUCAGGAAGGCCUAACAUGCCAGUGUAAUCUUGCCAGAAGUUCACGACACACUGAGAGUCUCUAAGAACCUUUCUAUUUCACAAAGAACCUAGGGAAAACAGAGGUCUCAAUAACACUUUGAAGAAGGCCUUAACCAUAUGGAGAUCUUUUGGAAUGUUGUACGUCGCAUUUCGAACAUGAAGAAAGCCUUCAUUCCCAUCCCUACAUUCCAUGAGAAAUUGAGGAAUAUAUUGGACCACUUGAUACCCUGUAUAGGCUCUAGCAAGAUGCUGUGCAAGGAAUUAGGCCACAGAUACGACUUGGAAAGCCACAAGGGUAACCUGGGAACCCUUGUGGGUCUUGCGCCAUAGGCUUCAUUGCGUCUUUGGAGGGAGGUCUUAAAGCAUACGUAGUGUUCCCAUUUAAAUUAUCCAUCCAGUCCUGCUUUUUGUAUUAUGAUGCUAAUUCUGCCCCCAGACAGCAGACCACCAAGUACCCAGGUGAUCUCAUGGGAACCGUCUUCCUAUAUUAACCUGUCAAUAAAUCUAGGGCAUGUGAUUGGAGACUAGAAGGGAAAGGUGAGACUGGAGGUUUGACAGUGAUAGCAUUAGGAGAGAAAGAAGGGCAAAAGAGCAAGGAGAGUGGCCUGUAGAGGAGGAGCUGAGAUUGACCUGAUUGCAUUGGAUUGUAUGUUCUAUAUAUGGUCUCAUUUGCUUUGAAAUUAGAGCAACAAAAUGGCUCCAAACCUGGGGAUUAGAACCCAAGCAACUUGAGGGAAAAUUCACUCCUCCCCACUAUAGGCAAGUAGGGCUGGGCUGUAAAGUUGCCUCGGGGUGAAAAAUGAUACACCUAGUGGGUCUACAAGUUUCUAUAGAUCUACUGAGAACCUCCCUCCCAUGCCCCAUUCAGACCAUGACAGUAACCCAUCUCUGAGCUCAGAUUUAGCCCCAGUUCCAAUGUCACAACAUAGUUGGGGUUCGUUGAGCCUAAAAGGAACAAGGACGCUGGGGUAGGUCUUCCUGUGAAACAUCAGAGCUUAGCAUCAAGAGGUGAAAAAAUGGUAGCCCACUUUGCAAAGGCUUCUCACGGGCACAGGAAGCUGAUCAGGUGUCUCCACCAAAGCAAGCCUUCCUGUGCUCGCUUUCCUUUCUCUCCCAUGUCUCAACAGGACACAGAACAGCCAGACCUGCUGUACAGACGGCUUGCACUGCACACCGCCCCAGAUUGCUGCAUAUGCAGCCAGCAGCUGUUCAAAUAAACAGACAUGGCUCAGAAGGCUUGGGUCCUUCUCCAAUUAGCUCGUGCCUCCAUAUAAAAGAUUUGGAGAGUACUGCGGUGUUCUGAAUGGAAAAGAGAGAGAGUAAGAGAAAGGCACUAGAACUCUGAAACAGGACUGCUGAAGACUUUGAAAGGGACUAUGUUGGUCUUCCCUACGGAUGGAGGGUUUCCUGCGAUCUUAACCAUUCAACUGCCUCCUUCCGUGAAAUAAUUGAGCCAAGAUUCAGAUAAGAUUCUCCAGGCAGGUGAGACGCUUGGGAAGAUAGAUUUAUGACCUUAGUUAGGGACUUGGCCAUAUACCUAUGGGAAGACACUCAGCAUAAGAAACUACAUCUUUUCUUCUAGCAACUGUGCAUACCGACCGUCGAGAUCAAAACAGGCAGGGAAUUACUGGGUAGGCCUUAGGUGUCCAUGAGAUCCUGGGAUGGCAUGAGGCUCCAGGUAGACACAGGAGACUGCUCAGAACCUAGUUUCAAUCUGGCAUAUUAUUGGACAUCAGUGAGACUCUGACAGAAGAAAAGGUACCGGAUACAUUCUCCUGACAACAUGACACCUCAAUGGUAAUUUAGAGAAUGUACUAGUCCUCUGAAAAUACCUGGGAAAAGCUUUGGACCCUAGAAACAUCAUAGAAAUGGAACAGGUUCCAGUGAGAAACUGGAGCAGGAUUGAGUCCAAGAGAGAACCAAGGAAAACAUUCGAGUCCAAGGAAGUCCUAAGGAAGACUUUAAGCCUUAAUGAGAACCUAAGACAGACUUUAGAUCCGAAGGAAAAUCUCUGGUAAGCUAUAGCCAUGAGUGAGAAGGAGGGGAAUGAUUUCUUCCUCAGUGAGAAUGUGGAAGACUGUUAGAACCAGUUAAAAACCACAGUUUGGAUUUGGUGAGGCCUUAGGUUUCCGUGAAUACCUUUUGAAAGCCUUGGGUCGCAGUAAGAACGCCAAAAGCUCUUCUAUCCCGGGGAGGUAUUGCAGAAAACGUUAAAUGCUGUGUGAUCCUGGGGACCUUCUUAGACUGACAGAGAAUCUAGGCAAAACCUUAGGUUCAACUUUGCAAUAUUGUAGGACACACAUCGAACCCUGUCAAGGCCUGAGACCUUGUGUUUCUCAGGAAGGCCUAACAUGCCAGUGUAAUCUUGCCAGAAGUUCACGACACACUGAGAGUCUCUAAGAACCUUUCUAUUUCACAAAGAACCUAGGGAAAACAGAGGUCUCAAUAACACUUUGAAGAAGGCCUUAACCAUAUGGAGAUCUUUUGGAAUGUUGUACGUCGCAUUUCGAACAUGAAGAAAGCCUUCAUUCCCAUCCCUACAUUCCAUGAGAAAUUGAGGAAUAUAUUGGCCCACUUGAUACCCCGUAUAGGCUCUAGCAAGAUGCUGUGCAAGGAAUUAGGCCACAGAUACGACUUGGAAAGCCACAGGGGUAACCUGGGAACCCUUGUGGGUCUUGCGCCAUAGGCUUCAUUGCGUCUUUGGAGGGAGGUCUUAAAGCAUACGUAGUGUUCCCAUUUAAAUUAUCCAUCCAGUCCUGCUUUUUGUAUUAUGAUGCUAAUUCUGCCCCCAGACAGCAGACCACCAAGUACCCAGGUGAUCUCAUGGGAACCGUCUUCCUAUAUUAACCUGUCAAUAAAUCUAGGGCAUGUGAUUGGAGACUAGAAGGGAAAGGUGAGACUGGAGGUUUGACAGUGAUAGCAUUAGGAGAGAAAGAAGGGCAAAAGAGCAAGGAGAGUGGCCUGUAGAGGAGGAGCUGAGAUUGACCUGAUUGCAUUGGAUUGUAUGUUCUAUAUAUGGUCUCAUUUGCUUUGAAAUUAGAGCAACAAAAUGGCUCCAAACCUGGGGAUUAGAACCCAAGCAACUUGAGGGAAAAUUCACUCCUCCCCACUAUAGGCAAGUAGGGCUGGGCUGUAAAGUUGCCUCGGGGUGAAAAAUGAUACACCUAGUGGGUCUACAAGUUUCUAUAGAUCUACUGAGAACCUCCCUCCCAUGCCCCAUUCAGACCAUGACAGUAACCCAUCUCUGAGCUCAGAUUUAGCCCCAGUUCCAAUGUCACAACAUAGUUGGGGUUCGUUGAGCCUAAAAGGAACAAGGACGCUGGGGUAGGUCUUCCUGUGAAACAUCAGAGCUUAGCAUCAAGAGGUGAAAAAAUGGUAGCCCACUUUGCAAAGGCUUCUCACGGGCACAGGAAGCUGAUCAGGUGUCUCCACCAAAGCAAGCCUUCCUGUGCUCGCUUUCCUUUCUCUCCCAUGUCUCAACAGGACACAGAACAGCCAGACCUGCUGUACAGACGGCUUGCACUGCACACCGCCCCAGAUUGCUGCAUAUGCAGCCAGCAGCUGUUCAAAUAAACAGACAUGGCUCAGAAGGCUUGGGUCCUUCUCCAAUUAGCUCGUGCCUCCAUAUAAAAGAUUUGGAGAGUACUGCGGUGUUCUGAAUGGAAAAGAGAGAGAGUAAGAGAAAGGCACUAGAACUCUGAAACAGGACUGCUGAAGACUUUGAAAGGGACUAUGUUGGUCUUCCCUACGGAUGGAGGGUUUCCUGCGAUCUUAACCAUUCAACUGCCUCCUUCCGUGAAAUAAUUGAGCCAAGAUUCAGAUAAGAUUCUCCAGGCAGGUGAGACGCUUGGGAAGAUAGAUUUAUGACCUUAGUUAGGGACUUGGCCAUAUACCUAUGGGAAGACACUCAGCAUAAGAAACUACAUCUUUUCUUCUAGCAACUGUGCAUACCGACCGUCGAGAUCAAAACAGGCAGGGAAUUACUGGGUAGGCCUUAGGUGUCCAUGAGAUCCUGGGAUGGCAUGAGGCUCCAGGUAGACACAGGAGACUGCUCAGAACCUAGUUUCAAUCUGGCAUAUUAUUGGACAUCAGUGAGACUCUGACAGAAGAAAAGGUACCGGAUACAUUCUCCUGACAACAUGACACCUCAAUGGUAAUUUAGAGAAUGUACUAGUCCUCUGAAAAUACCUGGGAAAAGCUUUGGACCCUAGAAACAUCAUAGAAAUGGAACAGGUUCCAGUGAGAAACUGGAGCAGGACUGAGUCCAAGAGAGAACCAAGGAAAACAUUCGAGUCCAAGGAAGUCCUAAGGAAGACUUUAAGCCUUAAUGAGAACCUAAGACAGACUUUAGAUCCGAAGGAAAAUCUCUGGUAAGCUAUAGCCAUGAGUGAGAAGGAGGGGAAUGAUUUCUUCCUCAGUGAGAAUGUGGAAGACUGUUAGAACCAGUGAAAAACCACAGUUUGGAUUUGGUGAGGCCUUAGGUUUACGUGAAUACCUUUUGAAAGCCUUGGGUCGCAGUAAGAACGCCAAAAGCUCUUCUAUCCCGGGGAGGUAUUGCAGAAGACUUUAAAUGCUGUGUGAUCCUGGGGACCUUCUUAGACUGACAGAGAAUCUAGGCAAAACCUUAGGUUCAACUUUGCAAUAUUGUAGGACACACAUCGAACCCUGUCAAGGCCUGAGACCUUGUGUUUCUCAGGAAGGCCUAACAUGCCAGUGUAAUCUUGCCAGAAGUUCACGACACACUGAGAGUCUCUAAGAACCUUUCUAUUUCACAAAGAACCUAGGGAAAACAGAGGUCUCAAUAACACUUUGAAGAAGGCCUUAACCAUAUGGAGAUCUUUUGGAAUGUUGUACGUCGCAUUUCGAACAUGAAGAAAGCCUUCAUUCCCAUCCCUACAUUCCAUGAGAAAUUGAGGAAUAUAUUGGCCCACUUGAUACCCCGUAUAGGCUCUAGCAAGAUGCUGUGCAAGGAAUUAGGCCACAGAUACGACUUGGAAAGCCACAGGGGUAACCUGGGAACCCUUGUGGGUCUUGCGCCAUAGGCUUCAUUGCGUCUUUGGAGGGAGGUCUUAAAGCAUACGUAGUGUUCCCAUUUAAAUUAUCCAUCCAGUCCUGCUUUUUGUAUUAUGAUGCUAAUUCUGCCCCCAGACAGCAGACCACCAAGUACCCAGGUGAUCUCAUGGGAACCGUCUUCCUAUAUUAACCUGUCAAUAAAUCUAGGGCAUGUGAUUGGAGACUAGAAGGGAAAGGUGAGACUGGAGGUUUGACAGUGAUAGCAUUAGGAGAGAAAGAAGGGCAAAAGAGCGAGGAGAGUGGCCUGUAGAGGAGGAGCUGAGAUUGACCUGAUUGCAUUGGAUUGUAUGUUCUAUAUAUGGUCUCAUUUGCUUUGAAAUUAGAGCAACAAAAUGGCUCCAAACCUGGGGAUUAGAACCCAAGCAACUUGAGGGAAAAUUCACUCCUCCCCACUAUAGGCAAGUAGGGCUGGGCUGUAAAGUUGCCUCGGGGUGAAAAAUGAUACACCUAGUGGGUCUACAAUUUUCUAUAGAUCUACUGAGAACCUCCCUCCCAUGCCCCAUUCAGACCAUGACAGUAACCCAUCUCUGAGCUCAGAUUUAGCCCCAGUUCCAAUGUCACAACAUAGUUGGGGUUCGUUGAGCCUAAAAGGAACAAGGACGCUGGGGUAGGUCUUCCUGUGAAACAUCAGAGCUUAGCAUCAAGAGGUGAAAAAAUGGUAGCCCACUUUGCAAAGGCUUCUCACGGGCACAGGAAGCUGAUCAGGUGUCUCCACCAAAGCAAGCCUUCCUGUGCUCGCUUUCCUUUCUCUCCCAUGUCUCAACAGGACACAGAACAGCCAGACCUGCUGUACAGACGGCUUGCACUGCACACCGCCCCAGAUUGCUGCAUAUGCAGCCAGCAGCUGUUCAAAUAAACAGACAUGGCUCAGAAGGCUUGGGUCCUUCUCCAAUUAGCUCGUGCCUCCAUAUAAAAGAUUUGGAGAGUACUGCGGUGUUCUGAAUGGAAAAGAGAGAGAGUAAGAGAAAGGCACUAGAACUCUGAAACAGGACUGCUGAAGACUUUGAAAGGGACUAUGUUGGUCUUCCCUACGGAUGGAGGGUUUCCUGCGAUCUUAACCAUUCAACUGCCUCCUUCCGUGAAAUAAUUGAGCCAAGAUUCAGAUAAGAUUCUUCAGGCAGGUGAGACGCUUGGGAAGAUAGAUUUAUGACCUUAGUUAGGGACUUGGCCAUAUACCUAUGGGAAGACACUCAGCAUAAGAAACUACAUCUUUUCUUCUAGCAACUGUGCAUACCGACCGUCGAGAUCAAAACAGGCAGGGAAUUACUGGGUAGGCCUUAGGUGUCCAUGAGAUCCUGGGAUGGCAUGAGGCUCCAGGUAGACACAGGAGACUGCUCAGAACCUAGUUUCAAUCUGGCAUAUUAUUGGACAUCAGUGAGACUCUGACAGAAGAAAAGGUACCGGAUACAUUCUCCUGACAACAUGACACCUCAAUGGUAAUUUAGAGAAUGUACUAGUCCUCUGAAAAUACCUGGGAAAAGCUUUGGACCCUAGAAACAUCAUAGAAAUGGAACAGGUUCCAGUGAGAAACUGGAGCAGGAUUGAGUCCAAGAGAGAACCAAGGAAAACAUUCGAGUCCAAGGAAGUCCUAAGGAAGACUUUAAGCCUUAAUGAGAACCUAAGACAGACUUUAGAUCCGAAGGAAAAUCUCUGGUAAGCUAUAGCCAUGAGUGAGAAGGAGGGGAAUGAUUUCUUCCUCAGUGAGAAUGUGGAAGACUGUUAGAACCAGUUAAAAACCACAGUUUGGAUUUGGUGAGGCCUUAGGUUUCCGUGAAUACCUUUUGAAAGCCUUGGGUCGCAGUAAGAACGCCAAAAGCUCUUCUAUCCCGGGGAGGUAUUGCAGAAAACGUUAAAUGCUGUGUGAUCCUGGGGACCUUCUUAGACUGACAGAGAAUCUAGGCAAAACCUUAGGUUCAACUUUGCAAUAUUGUAGGACACACAUCGAACCCUGUCAAGGCCUGAGACCUUGUGUUUCUCAGGAAGGCCUAACAUGCCAGUGUAAUCUUGCCAGAAGUUCACGACACACUGAGAGUCUCUAAGAACCUUUCUAUUUCACAAAGAACCUAGGGAAAACAGAGGUCUCAAUAACACUUUGAAGAAGGCCUUAACCAUAUGGAGAUCUUUUGGAAUGUUGUACGUCGCAUUUCGAACAUGAAGAAAGCCUUCAUUCCCAUCCCUACAUUCCAUGAGAAAUUGAGGAAUAUAUUGGCCCACUUGAUACCCCGUAUAGGCUCUAGCAAGAUGCUGUGCAAGGAAUUAGGCCACAGAUACGACUUGGAAAGCCACAGGGGUAACCUGGGAACCCUUGUGGGCCUUGAGCCAUAGGCUUCAUUGCGUCUUUGGAGGGAGGUCUUAAAGCAUACGUAGUGUUCCCAUUUAAAUUAUCCAUCCAGUCCUGCUUUUUGUAUUGUGAUGCUAAUUCUGCCCCCAGACAGCAGACCACCAAGUACCCAGGUGAUCUCAUGGGAACCGUCUUCCUAUAUUAACCUGUCAAUAAAUCUAGGGCAUGUGAUUGGAGACUAGAAGGGAAAGGUGAGACUGGAGGUUUGACGGUGAUAGCAUUAGGAGAGAGAGAAGGGCAAAAGAGCGAGGAGAGUGGCCUGUAGAGGAGGAGCUGAGAUUGACCUGAUUGCAUUGGAUUGUAUGUUCUAUAUAUGGUCUCAUUUGCUUUGGAAAUUAGAGCAACAAAAUGGCUCCAAACCUGGGGAUUAGAACCCAAGCAACUUGAGGGAAAAUUCACUCCUCCCCACUAUAGGCAAGUAGGGCUGGGCUGUAAAGUUGCCUCGGGGUGAAAAAUGAUACACCUAGUGGGUCUACAAGUUUCUAUAGAUCUACUGAGAACCUCCCUCCCAUGCCCCAUUCAGACCAUGACAGUAACCCAUCUCUGAGCUCAGAUUUAGCCCCAGUACCAAUGUCACAACAUAGUUGGGGUUCGUUGAGCCUAAAAGGAACAAGGACGCUGGGGUAGGUCUUCCUGUGAAACAUCAGAGCUUAGCAUCAAGAGGUGAAAAAAUGGUAGCCCUCUUUGCAAAGGCUUCUCACGGGCACAGGAAGCUGAUCAGGUGUCUCCACCAAAGCAAGCCUUCCUGUGCUCGCUUUCCUUUCUCUCCCAUGUCUCAACAGGACACAGAACAGCCAGACCUGCUGUACAGAAGGCUUGCACUGCAGACAGCCCCAGAUCGCAGCACAUAGUGCCAGCAGGCGUGCAAACAGACAUGGCUCAGAAGGCUUGGGUCCUUCUCCAAUUAGCUCGUGCCUCCAUAUAAAAGAUUUGGAGAGUACUGCGGUGUUGUGAAUGGAAAAGAGAGAGAGUAAGAGAAAGGCACUAGAACUCUGAAACAGGACUGCUGAAGACUUUGAAAGGGACUAUGUUGGUCUUCCCUACGGAUGGAGGGUUUCCUGCGAUCUUAACCAUUCAACUGCCUCCUUCCGUGAAAUAAUUGAGCCAAGAUUCAGAUAAGAUUCUUCAGGCAGGUGAGAAGCUUGGGAAGAUAGAUUUAUGACCUUAGUUAGGGACUUGGCCAUAUACCUAUGGGAAGACACUCAGCAUAAGAAACUACAUCUUUUCUUCUAGCAACUGUGCAUACCGACCGUCGAGAUCAAAACAGGCAGGGAAUUACUGGGUAGGCCUUAGGUGUCCAUGAGAUCCUGGGAUGGCAUGAGGCUCCAGGUAGACACAGGAGACUGCUCAGAACCUAGUUUCAAUCUGGCAUAUUAUUGGACAUCAGUGAGACUCUGACAGAAGAAAAGGUACCGGAUACAUUCUCCUGACAACAUGACACCUCAAUGGUAAUUUAGAGAAUGUACUAGUCCUCUGAAAAUACCUGGGAAAAGCUUUGGACCCUAGAAACAUCAUAGAAAUGGAACAGGUUCCAGUGAGAAACUGGAGCAGGAUUGAGUCCAAGAGAGAACCAAGGAAAACAUUCGAGUCCAAGGAGGUCCUAAGGAAGACUUUAAGCCUUAAUGAGAACCUAAGACAGACUUUAGAUCCGAAGGAAAAUCUCUGGUAAGCUAUAGCCAUGAGUGAGAAGGAGGGGAAUGAUUUCUUCCUCAGUGAGAAUGUGGAAGACUGUUAGAACCAGUUAAAAACCACAGUUUGGAUUUGGUGAGGCCUUAGGUUUCCGUGAAUACCUUUUGAAAGCCUUGGGUCGCAGUAAGAACGCCAAAAGCUCUUCUAUCCCGGGGAGGUAUUGCAGAAGACGUUAAAUGCUGUGUGAUCCUGGGGACCUUCUUAGACUGACAGAGAAUCUAGGCAAAACCUUAGGUUCAACUUUGCAAUAUUGUAGGACACACAUCGAACCCUGUCAAGGCCUGAGACCUUGUGUUUCUCAGGAAGGCCUAACAUGCCAGUGUAAUCUUGCCAGAAGUUCACGACACACUGAGAGUCUCUAAGAACCUUUCUAUUUCACAAAGAACCUAGGGAAAACAGAGGUCUCAAUAACACUUUGAAGAAGGCCUUAACCAUAUGGAGAUCUUUUGGAAUGUUGUACGUCGCAUUUCGAACAUGAAGAAAGCCUUCAUUCCCAUCCCUACAUUCCAUGAGAAAUUGAGGAAUAUAUUGGCCCACUUGAUACCCCGUAUAGGCUCUAGCAAGAUGCUGUGCAAGGAAUUAGGCCACAGAUACGACUUGGAAAGCCACAAGGGUAACCUGGGAACCCUUGUGGGCCUUGCGCCAUAGGCUUCAUUGCGUCUUUGGAGGGAGGUCUUAAAGCAUACGUAGUGUUCCCAUUUAAAUUAUCCAUCCAGUCCUGCUUUUUGUAUUGUGAUGCUAAUUCUGCCCCCAGACAGCAGACCACCAAGUACCCAGGUGAUCUCAUGGGAACCGUCUUCCUAUAUUAACCUGUCAAUAAAUCUAGGGCAUGUGAUUGGAGACUAGAAGGGAAAGGUGAGACUGGAGGUUUGACGGUGAUAGCAUUAGGAGAGAGAGAAGGGCAAAAGAGCGAGGAGAGUGGCCUGUAGAGGAGGAGCUGAGAUUGACCUGAUUGCAUUGGAUUGUAUGUUCUAUAUAUGGUCUCAUUUGCUUUGGAAAUUAGAGCAACAAAAUGGCUCCAAACCUGGGGAUUAGAACCCAAGCAACUUGAGGGAAAAUUCACUCCUCCCCACUAUAGGCAAGUAGGGCUGGGCUGUAAAGUUGCCUCGGGGUGAAAAAUGAUACACCUAGUGGGUCUACAAGUUUCUAUAGAUCUACUGAGAACCUCCCUCCCAUGCCCCAUUCAGACCAUGACAGUAACCCAUCUCUGAGCUCAGAUUUAGCCCCAGUACCAAUGUCACAACAUAGUUGGGGUUCGUUGAGCCUAAAAGGACCAAGGACGCUGGGGUAGGUCUUCCUGUGAAACAUCAGAGCUUAGCAUCAAGAGGUGAAAAAAUGGUAGCCCACUUUGCAAAGGCUUCUCACGGGCACAGGAAGCUGAUCAGGUGUCUCCACCAAAGCAAGCCUUCCUGUGCUCGCUUUCCUUUCUCUCCCAUGUCUCAACAGGACACAGAACAGCCAGACCUGCUGUACAGAAGGCUUGCACUGCAGACAGCCCCAGAUCGCAGCACAUAGUGCCAGCAGGCGUGCAAACAGACAUGGCUCAGAAGGCUUGGGUCCUUCUCCAAUUAGCUCGUGCCUGCAUAUAAAAGAUUUGGAGAGUACUGCGGUGUUCUGAAUGGAAAAGAGAGAGAAUAAGAGAAAGGCACUAGAACUCUGAAUCAGGACUGCUGAAGACUUUGAAAGGGACUAUGUUGGUCUUCCCUACGGAUGGAGGGUUUCCUGCGAUCUUAACCAUUCAACUGCCUCCUUCCGUGAAAUAAUUGAGCCAAGAUUCAGAUAAGAUUCUCCAGGCAGGACACAGAACAGCCAGACCUGCUGUACAGACGGCUUGCACUGCAGACAGCCCCAGAUCGCAGCACAUAGUGCCAGCAGCCGUGCAAACAGAGAUGGCUCAGAAGGCUUGGGUCCUUCUCCAAUUAGCUCGUGCCUGCAUAUAAAAGAUUUGGAGAGUACUGCGGUGUUCUGAAUGGAAAAGAGAGAGAAUAAGAGAAAGGCACUAGAACUCUGAAUCAGGACUGCUGAAGACUUUGAAAGGGACUAUGUUGGUCUUCCCUACGGAUGGAGGGUUUCCUGCGAUCUUAACCAUUCAACUGCCUCCUUCCGUAAAAUAAUUGAGCCAAGAUUCAGAUAAGAUUCUUCAGGCAGGUGAGACGCUUGGGAAGAUAGAUUUAUGACCUUAGUUAGGGACUUGGCCAUAUACCUAUGGGAAGACACUCAGCAUAAGAAACUACAUCUUUUCUUCUAGCAACUGUGCAUACCGACCGUCGAGAUCAAAACAGGCAGGGAAUUACUGGGUAGGCCUUAGGUGUCCAUGAGAUCCUGGGAUGGCAUGAGGCUCCAGGUAGACACAGGAGACUGCUCAGAACCUAGUUUCAAUCUGGCAUAUUAUUGGACAUCAGUGAGACUCUGACAGAAGAAAAGGUACCGGAUACAUUCUCCUGACAACGUGACACCUCAAUGGUAAUUUAGAGAAUGUACUAGUCCUCUGAAAAUACCUGGGAAAAGCUUUGGACCCUAGAAACAUCAUAGAAAUGGAACAGGUUCCAGUGAGAAACUGGAGCAGGAUUGAGUCCAAGAGAGAACCAAGGAAAACAUUCGAGUCCAAGGAAGUCCUAAGGAAGACUUUAAGCCUUAAUGAGAACCUAAGACAGACUUUAGAUCCGAAGGAAAAUCUCUGGUAAGCUAUAGCCAUGAGUGAGAAGGAGGGGAAUGAUUUCUUCCUCAGUGAGAAUGUGGAAGACUGUUAGAACCAGUGAAAAACCACAGUUUGGAUUUGGUGAGGCCUUAGGUUUCCGUGAAUACCUUUUGAAAGCCUUGGGUCGCAGUAAGAACGCCAAAAGCUCUUCUAUCCCGGGGAGGUAUUGCAGAAGACUUUAAAUGCUGUGUGAUCCUGGGGACCUUCUUAGACUGACAGAGAAUCUAGGCAAAACCUUAGGUUCAACUUUGCAAUAUUGUAGGACACACAUCGAACCCUGUCAAGGCCUGAGACCUUGUGUUUCUCAGGAAGGCCUAACAUGCCAGUGUAAUCUUGCCAGAAGUUCACGACACACUGAGAGUCUCUAAGAUCCUUUCUUUUUCACAAAGAACCUAGGGAAAACAGAGGUCUCAAUAACACUUUGAAGAAGGCCUUAACCAUAUGGAGAUCUUUUGGAAUGUUGUACGUCGCAUUUCGAACAUGAAGAAAGCCUUCAUUCCCAUCCCUACAUUCCAUGAGAAAUUGAGAAAUAUAUUGGCCCACUUGAUACCCCGUAUAGGCUCUAGCAAGAUGCUGUGCAAGGAAUUAGGCCACAGAUACGACUUGGAAAGCCACAGGGGUAACCUGGGAACCCUUGUGGGUCUUGCGCCAUAGGCUUCAUUGCGUCUUUGGAGGGAGGUCUUAAAGCAUACGUUGUGUUCCCAUUUAAAUUAUCCAUCCAGUCCUGCUUUUUGUAUUAUGAUGCUAAUUCUGUCCCCAGACAGCAGACCACCAAGUACCCAGGUGAUCUCAUGGGAACCGUCUUCCUAUAUUAACCUGUCAAUAAAUCUAGGGCAUGUGAUUGGAGACUAGAAGGGAAAGGUGAGACUGGAGGUUUGACAGUGAUAGCAUUAGGAGAGAAAGAAGGGCAAAAGAGCAAGGAGAGUGGCCUGUAGAGGAGGAGCUGAGAUUGACCUGAUUGCAUUGGAUUGUAUGUUCUAUAUAUGGUCUCAUUUGCUUUGGAAAUUAGAGCAACAAAAUGGCUCCAAACCUGGGGAUUAGAACCCAAGCAACUUGAGGGAAAAUUCACUCCUCCCCACUAUAGGCAAGUAGGGCUGGGCUGUAAAGUUGCCUCGGGGUGAAAAAUGAUACACCUAGUGGGUCUACAAGUUUCUAUAGAUCUACUGAGAACCUCCCUCCCAUGCCCCAUUCAGACCAUGACAGUAACCCAUCUCUGAGCUCAGAUUUAGCCCCAGUACCAAUGUCACAACAUAGUUGGGGUUCGUUGAGCCUAAAAGGACCAAGGACGCUGGGGUAGGUCUUCCUGUGAAACAUCAGAGCUUAGCAUCAAGAGGUGAAAAAAUGGUAGCCCACUUUGCAAAGGCUUCUCACGGGCACAGGAAGCUGAUCAGGUGUCUCCACCAAAGCAAGCCUUCCUGUGCUCGCUUUCCUUUCUCUCCCAUGUCUCAACAGGACACAGAACAGCCAGACCUGCUGUACAGACGGCUUGAACUGCAGACAGCCCCAGAUCGCAGCACAUAGUGCCAGCAGCCGUGCAAACAGAGAUGGCUCAGAAGGCUUGGGUCCUUCUCCAAUUAGCUCGUGCCUGCAUAUAAAAGAUUUGGAGAGUACUGCGGUGUUCUGAAUGGAAAAGAGAGAGAAUAAGAGAAAGGCACUAGAACUCUGAAUCAGGACUGCUGAAGACUUUGAAAGGGACUAUGUUGGUCUUCCCUACGGAUGGAGGGUUUCCUGCGAUCUUAACCAUUCAACUGCCUCCUUCCGUGAAAUAAUUGAGCCAAGAUUCAGAUAAGAUUCUUCAGGCAGGUGAGAAGCUUGGGAAGAUAGAUUUAUGACCUUAGUUAGGGACUUGGCCAUAUACCUAUGGGAAGACACUCAGCAUAAGAAACUACAUCUUUUCUUCUAGCAACUGUGCAUACCGACCGUCGAGAUCAAAACAGGCAGGGAAUUACUGGGUAGGCCUUAGGUGUCCAUGAGAUCCUGGGAUGGCAUGAGGCUCCAGGUAGACACAGGAGACUGCUCAGAACCUAGUUUCAAUCUGGCAUAUUAUUGGACAUCAGUGAGACUCUGACAGAAGAAAAGGUACCGGAUACAUUCUCCUGACAACAUGACACCUCAAUGGUAAUUUAGAGAAUGUACUAGUCCUCUGAAAAUACCUGGGAAAAGCUUUGGACCCUAGAAACAUCAUAGAAAUGUAACAGGUUCCAAUGAGAAACUGGAGCAGGAUUGAGUCCAAGAGAGAACCAAGGAAAACAUUCGAGUCCAAGGAGGUCCUAAGGAAGACUUUAAGACUUAAUGAGAACCUAAGACAGACUUUAGAUCCGAAGGAAAAUCUCUGGUAAGCUAUAGCCAUGAGUGAGAAGGAGGGGAAUGAUUUCUUCCUCAGUGAGAAUGUGGAAGACUGUUAGAACCAGUGAAAAAACACAGUUUGGAUUUGGUGAGGCCUUAGGUUUCCGUGAAUACCUUUUGAAAGCCUUGGGUCGCAGUAAGAACGCCAAAAGCUCUUCUAUCCCGGGGAGGUAUUGCAGAAGACGUUAAAUGCUGUGUGAUCCUGGGGACCUUCUUAGACUGACAGAGAAUCUAGGCUGAACCUAUUUGCAAUAUUGUAGGACACACAUUGAACCCUGUCAAGGCCUGAGACCUUGUGUUUCUCAGGAAGGCCUAACAUGCCAGUGUAAUCUUGCCAGAAGUUCACGACACACUGAGAGUCUCUAAGAACCUUUCUAUUUCACAACGAACCUAGGGAAAACAGAGGUCUCAAUAACACUUUGAAGAAGGCCUUAACCAUAUGGAGAUCUUUUGGAAUGUUGUACGUUGCAUUUUGAACAUGAAGAAAGCCUUCAUUCCCAUCCCUACAUUCCAUGAGAAAUUGAGGAAUAUAUUGGCCCACUUGAUACCCCGUAUAGGCUCUAGCAAGAUGCUGUGCAAGGAAUUAGGCCACAGAUACGACUUGGAAAGCCACAGGGGUAACCUGGGAACCCUUGUGGGCCUUGAGCCAUAGGCUUCAUUGCGUCUUUGGAGGGAGGUCUUAAAGCAUACGUAGUGUUCCCAUUUAAAUUAUCCAUCCAGUCCUGCUUUUUGUAUUGUGAUGCUAAUUCUGCCCCCAGACAGCAGACCACCAAGUACCCAGGUGAUCUCAUGGGAAACGUCUUCCUAUAUUAACCUGUCAAUAAAUCUAGGGCAUGUGAUUGGAGACUAGAAGGGAAAGGUGAGACUGGAGGUUUGACGGUGAUAGCAUUAGGAGAGAGAGAAGGGCAAAAGAGCGAGGAGAGUGGCCUGUAGAGGAGGAGCUGAGAUUGACCUGAUUGCAUUGGAUUGUAUGUUCUAUAUAUGGUCUCAUUUGCUUUGGAAAUUAGAGCAACAAAAUGGCUCCAAACCUGGGGAUUAGAACCCAAGCAACUUGAGGGAAAAUUCACUCCUCCCCACUAUAGGCAAGUAGGGCUGGGCUGUAAAGUUGCCUCGGGGUGAAAAAUGAUACACCUAGUGGGUCUACAAGUUUCUAUAGAUCUACUGAGAACCUCCCUCCCAUGCCCCAUUCAGACCAUGACAGUAACCCAUCUCUGAGCUCAGAUUUAGCCCCAGUACCAAUGUCACAACAUAGUUGGGGUUCGUUGAGCCUAAAAGGAACAAGGACGCUGGGGUAGGUCUUCCUGUGAAACAUCAGAGCUUAGCAUCAAGAGGUGAAAAAAUGGUAGCCCACUUUGCAAAGGCUUCUCACGGGCACAGGAAGCUGAUCAGGUGUCUCCACCAAAGCAAGCCUUCCUGUGCUCGCUUUCCUUUCUCUCCCAUGUCUCAACAGGACACAGAACAGCCAGACCUGCUGUACAGACGGCUUGCACUGCACACCGCCCCAGAUUGCUGCAUAUGCAGCCAGCAGCUGUUCAAAUAAACAGACAUGGCUCAGAAGGCUUGGGUCCUUCUCCAAUUAGCUCGUGCCUGCAUAUAAAAGAUUUGGAGAGUACUGCGGUGUUCUGAUUGUAAAAGAGAGAGAGUAAGAGAAAGGCACUAGAACUCUGAAUCAGGACUGCUGAAGACUUUGAAAGGGACUAUGUUGGUCUUCCCUACGGAUGGAGGGUUUCCUGCGAUCUUAACCAUUCAACUGCCUCCUUCCGUUAAAGAAUUGAGCCAACAUUCAGAUAACAUUCUUCAGGCAGGUGAGAAGCUUGGGAAGAUAGAUUUAUGACCUUAGUUAGGGACUUGGCCAUAUACCUAUGGGAAGACACUCAGCAUAAGAAACUACAUCUUUUCUUCUAGCAACUGUGCAUACCGACCGUCGAGAUCAAAACAGGCAGGGAAUUACUGGGUAGGCCUUAGGUGUCCAUGAGAUCCUGGGAUGGCAUGAGGCUCCAGGUAGACACAGGAGACUGCUCAGAACCUAGUUUCAAUCUGGCAUAUUAUUGGACAUCAGUGAGACUCUGACAGAAGAAAAGGUACCGGAUACAUUCUCCUGACAACAUGACACCUCAUUGGUAAUUUAGAGAAUGUACUAGUCCUCUGAAAAUACCUGGGAAAAGCUUUGGACCCUAGAAACAUCAUAGAAAUGGAACAGGUUCCAAUGAGAAACUGGAGCAGGAUUGAGUCCAAGAGAGAACCAAGGAAAACAUUCGAGUCCAAGGAAGUCCUAAGGAAGACUUUAAGCCUUAAUGAAAAUCUAAGACAGACUUUAGAUCUGAAGGAAAAUCUCUGGUAAGCUAUAGCCAUGAGUGAGAAGGAGGGGAAUGAUUUCUUCCUCAGUGAGAAUGUGGAAGCCUGUUAGAACCAGUUAAAAACCACAGUUUGGAUUUGGUGAGGCCUUAGGUUUCCGUGAAUACCUUUUGAAAGCCUUGGGUCGCAGUAAGAACGCCAAAAGCUCUUCUAUCCCGGGGAGGUAUUGCAGAAGACGUUAAAUGCUGUGUGAUCCUGGGGACCUUCUUAGACUGACAGAGAAUCUAGGCAAAACCUUAGGUUCAACUUUGCAAUAUUGUAGGACACACAUCGAACCCUGUCAAGGCCUGAGACCUUGUGUUUCUCAGGAAGGCCUAACAUGCCAGUGUAAUCUUGCCAGAAGUUCACGACACACUGAGAGUCUCUAAGAUCCUUUCUAUUUCACAAAGAACCUAGGGAAAACAGAGGUCUCAAUAACACUUUGAAGAAGGCCUUAACCAUAUGGAGAUCUUUUGGAAUGUUGUACGUCGCAUUUCGAACAUGAAGAAAGCCUUCAUUCCCAUCCCUACAUUCCAUGAGAAAUUGAGGAAUAUAUUGGCCCACUUGAUACCCCGUAUAGUCUCUAGCAAGAUGCUGUGCAAGGAAUUAGGCCACAGAUACGACUUGGAAAGCCACAGGGGUAACCUGGGAACCCUUGUGGGUCUUGAGCCAUAGGCUUCAUUGUGUCUUUGGAGGGAGGUCUUAAAGCAUACGUAGUGUUCCCAUUUAAAUUAUCCAUCCAGUCCUGCUUUUUGUAUUAUGAUGCUAAUUCUGCCCCCAGACAGCAGACCACCAAGUACCCAGGUGAUCUCAUGGGAACCGUCUUCCUAUAUUAACCUGUCAAUAAAUCUAGGGCAUGUGAUUGGAGACUAGAAGGGAAAGGUGAGACUGGAGGUUUGACAGUGAUAGCAUUAGGAGAGAAAGAAGGGCAAAAGAGCAAGGAGAGUGGCCUGUAGAGGAGGAGCUGAGAUUGACCUGAUUGCAUUGGAUUGUAUGUUCUAUAUAUGGUCUCAUUUGCUUUGAAAUUAGAGCAACAAAAUGGCUCCAAACCUGGGGAUUAGAACCCAAGCAACUUGAGGGAAAAUUCACUCCUCCCCACUAUAGGCAAGUAGGGCUGGGCUGUAAAGUUGCCUCGGGGUGAAAAAUGAUACACCUAGUGGGUCUACAAGUUUCUAUAGAUCUACUGAGAACCUCCCUCCCAUGCCCCAUUCAGACCAUGACAGUAACCCAUCUCUGAGCUCAGAUUUAGCCCCAGUUCCAAUGUCACAACAUAGUUGGGGUUCGUUGAGCCUAAAACGACCAAGGACGCUGGGGUAGGUCUUCCUGUGAAACAUCAGAGCUUAGCAUCAAGAGGUGAAAAAAUGGUAGCCCACUUUGCAAAGGCUUCUCACGGGCACAGGAAGCUGAUCAGGUGUCUCCACCAAAGCAAGCCUUCCUGUGCUCGCUUUCCUUUCUCUCCCAUGUCUCAACAGGACACAGAACAGCCAGACCUGCUGUACAGACGGCUUGCACUGCACACCGCCCCAGAUUGCUGCAUAUGCAGCCAGCAGCUGUUCAAAUAAACAGACAUGGCUCAGAAGGCUUGGGUCCUUCUCCAAUUAGCUCGUGCCUCCAUAUAAAAGAUUUGGAGAGUACUGCGGUGUUCUGAAUGGAAAAGAGAGAGAGUAAGAGAAAGGCACUAGAACUCUGAAACAGGACUGCUGAAGAUUUUGAAAGGGACUAUGUUGGUCUUCCCUAGGGAUGGAGGGUUUCCUGCGAUCUUAACCAUUCAACUGCCUCCUUCCCUGAAAGAAUUGAGCCAAGAUUCAGAUAAGAUUCUUCAGGCAGGUGAGAAGCUUGGGAAGAUAGAUUUAUGACCUUAGUUAGGGACUUGGCCAUAUACCUAUGGGAAGACACUCAGCAUAAGAAAUUACAUCUUUUCUUCUAGCAACUGUGCAUACCGACCGUCGAGAUCAAAACAGGCAGGGAAUUACUGGGUAGGCCUUAGGUGUCCAUGAUCCUGGGAUGGCAUGAGGCUCCAGGUAGACACAGGAGACUGCUCAGAACCUAGUUUCAACCUGGGAUAUUAUUAGACAUCAGUGAGACUCUGACAGAAGAAAAGGUACCGGAUACAUUCUCCUGACAACAUGACACCUCAAUGGUAAUUUAGAGAAUGUACUAGUCCUCUGAAAAUACCUGGGAAAAGCUUUGGACCCUAGAAACAUCAUAGAAAUGGAACAGGUUCCAGUGAGAAACUGGAGCAGGAUUGAGUCCAAGAGAGAACCAAGGAAAACAUUCGAGUCCAAGGAGGUCCUAAGGAAGACUUUAAGCCUUAAUGAAAAUCUAAGACAGACUUUAGAUCUGAAGGAAAAUCUCUGGUAAGCUAUAGCCAUGAGUGAGAAGGAGGGGAAUGAUUUCUUCCUCAGUGAGAAUGUGGAAGACUGUUAGAACCAGUUAAAAACCACAGUUUGGAUUUGGUGAGGCCUUAGGUUUCCGUGAAUACCUUUUGAAAGCCUUGGGUCGCAGUAAGAACGCCAAAAGCUCUUCUAUCCCGGGGAGGUAUUGCAGAAGACGUUAAAUGCUGUGUGAUCCUGGGGACCUUCUUAGACUGACAGAGAAUCUAGGCAAAACCUUAGGUUCAACUUUGCAAUAUUGUAGGACACACAUCGAACCCUGUCAAGGCCUGAGACCUUGUGUUUCUCAGGAAGGCCUAACAUGCCAGUGUAAUCUUGCCAGAAGUUCACGACACACUGAGAGUCUCUAAGAACCUUUCUAUUUCACAAAGAACCUAGGGAAAACAGAGGUCUCAAUAACACUUUGAAGAAGGCCUUAACCAUAUGGAGAUCUUUUGGAAUGUUGUACGUCGCAUUUCGAACAUGAAGAAAGUCUUCAUUCCCAUCCCUACAUUCCAUGAGAAAUUGAGGAAUAUAUUGGCCCACUUGAUACCCCGUAUAGGCUCUAGCAAGAUGCUGUGCAAGGAAUUAGGCCACAGAUACGACUUGGAAAGCCACAGGGGUAACCUGGGAACCCUUGUGGGCCUUGCGCCAUAGGCUUCAUUGCGUCUUUGGAGGGAGGUCUUAAAGCAUACGUAGUGUUCCCAUUUAAAUUAUCCAUCCAGUCCUGCUUUUUGUAUUGUGAUGCUAAUUCUGCCCCCAGACAGCAGACCACCAAGUACCCAGGUGAUCUCAUGGGAACCGUCUUCCUAUAUUAACCUGUCAAUAAAUCUAGGGCAUGUGAUUGGAGACUAGAAGGGAAAGUUGAGACUGGAGGUUUGACAGUGAUAGCAUUAGGAGAGAGAGAAGGGCAAAAGAGCAAGGAGAGUGGCCUGUAGAGGAGGAGCUGAGAUUGACCUGAUUGCAUUGGAUUGUAUGUUCUAUAUAUGGUCUCAUUUGCUUUGGAAAUUAGAGCAACAAAAUGGCUCCAAACCUGGGGAUUAGAACCCAAGCAACUUGAGGGAAAAUUCACUCCUCCCCACUAUAGGCAAGUAGGGCUGGGCUGUAAACUUGCCUCGGGGUGAAAAAUGAUACACCUAGUGGGUCUACAAGUUUCUAUAGAUCUACUGAGAACCUCCCUCCCAUGCCCCAUUCAGACCAUGACAGUAACCCAUCUCUGAGCUCAGAUUUAGCUCCAUUACCAAUGUCACAACAUAGUUGGGGUUCGUUGAGCCUAAAAGGACCAAGGACGCUGGGGUAGGUCUUCCUGUGAAACAUCAGAGCUUAGCAUCAAGAGGUGAAAAAAUGGUAGCCCACUUUGCAAAGGCUUCUCACGGGCACAGGAAGCUGAUCAGGUGUCUCCACCAAAGCAAGCCUUCCUGUGCUCGCUUUCCUUUCUCUCCCAUGUCUCAACAGGACACAGAACAGCCAGACCUGCUGUACAGACGGCUUGCACUGCACACCGCCCCAGAUCGCUGCAUAUGCAGCCAGCAGCUGUUCAAAUAAACAGACAUGGCUCAGAAGGCUUGGGUCCUUCUCCAAUUAGCUCGUGCCUGCAUAUAAAAGAUUUGGAGAGUACUGCGGUGUUCUGAAUGGAAAAGAGAGAGAGUAAGAGAAAGGCACUAGAACUCUGAAUCAGGACUGCUGAAGACUUUGAAAGGGACUAUGUUGGUCUUCCCUACGGAUGGAGGGUUUCCUGCGAUCUUAACCAUUCAACUGCCUCCUUCCCUGAAAGAAUUGAGCCAAGAUUCAGAUAAGAUUCUUCAGGCAGGAUACAGAACAGGCUGACCUGCUGUACAGACGACUUGCACUGCACACAGCCCCAGAUCGCUGCACAUGCAGCCAGCAACAAUGCAAACAAACAGAGAUGGCUCAGAAGGCUUGGGUCCUUCUCCAAUUAGCUCGUGCCUGCAUAUAAAAGAUUUGGAGAGUACUGCGGUGUUCUGAAUGGAACAAGAGAGAGAGUGAGAGAAAGGCACUAGAACUCUGGAUCAGGGCACAGGAAUGACUCCAGGGACCCGAACCAGGAGAGCUGAAUCUUCAUGUUCCCAGGAUCAGCAUGUCUCACCAGCCACUCAGGCAGCUGGCACACUCCUGUAGCAUUCUGUAGAAAAAACACAGAUUCCCUCUUCCCCAUAAAAAUACCUGGACAGGAUCAUGCCAAUAUGUGGAUCUUUCUAUUUCACCUAGGCAGAAGUAUGUCUAGUUGUAGGGUGUCAUAAACACUCAGAGUGUUCCUUGGCAUCCAAAUUUUAAUAUUGAAAUAAAAGGAGCAUUAUUUAACAUACAGGGAUAACUCCCCUUUUUUAUUUAUUAAGAUAUAGUUAAGAUAUUAAGAUAAGUCCUCGAGAAUUAAAUUAAGGACACUGAGCACUUGUAUUUAUAAAUUGACUUGUAUAUGAAAUUAUUGUCUCUAGCAUUAUUGUUUGGAUAUAUAAAGAAUGAGAUUUUUUGACUAAUUGUUCCUAUGUUAGGCCUAUAAUCUGCCUGGUAUCAUUGUCCUGGUAUCAGUAUCCAGUUUGAGUUCUUAAAUGGCCUAUAAAGGAACAGUACUUAGUGCUCUUAACCACUAAACCAUCUCUCCAGCACCUCACCAGCUUUAUUUGCCUAAACAUAAGCAUUAAUUAGCAUAAUUAAUUAAUUAGUAUGCCAAAUCCUGUAAACAAGGUCCAGAUUUAGCCUUAUUUAGAAAUCCCUGAGUUGGCAGGGUGAGGCUGGGCGUUGAGAGUAAGCAAAUGGAGUCUUCCUCUUUUCGUGUGGGUGUGUUAUCAACUCCAUUACCAUUUUCAAAGAGCUGGGUCUAUGGUUUUGUUUAGUUGUCUGAGCCGGAGCUCUGAAAGGACAGUGAAUUGUCAGACAUUUACACUGAAAUCAUCACUCACUGAUUUUAUGUAGAAAACUUGUCUCCAAUAAAGCAUUAACUAAUUGUAAAAUUUAAGGGUUAAAAUAUUUUUAAGACUCUAGCCUACAAUUCUGUAUUAACACAACUGAAGCUUUAUCUCCAAUGAGGAUAACAAACAAAGGCCUAAGUCCUCUGGUAAGGUGAGGUACUUAGCCAAUUAACAUAUCCUUAGAAGCUUAAAAUUAGUUUUAAAUAUUAAAAAUGAAUAUUGAAUCUUUUCUGGAGCAAUAGCUACUCUCUAAAUAUUAAAGCUCAUUUUGAGAGCAAAGGUUUGUAGUAAAAAUUUCCAUAUACACUGAAAGAUUAAAGUUCUAACUUCUUACAUUGAAGAAGCGACAAAAUUACAUAAUAUAAGGCUACUAGCCAUUCUUUUGUAAAAUUUUUAAUGAUAUCACUUCAUGGGCUCUCUAAAAUUAUAAGCAAGCUCACGAAAUGAAAACUCACAAUCGCCAGGACGUAAACAAAUUGUAUAAAAUCAAUCCUCUAAAUCUAUCUUGAAAUGGCAGUUGGAGUAAGCAAACAAGGUGUAAUGCUCUCACAAGUUCUAAAACCUCAUCAAUCCUUUGUAAAUCCUGUAACAAUUUCUAUCUGUUUGAUUUUUUCUUAAUUAUAAAUAAGUUUGAGUUAGUCAAUGUAACACUGGCAAUCCUUAAUCACAAUCCUUAAGUUCUCCUUGUAACACCAGAGCACAACCACAACUUUGGGAAGUCUGAGUAAGUGACUAGGCAGCUUCCUUGGGGCAGUACAAUUAGCAUCAAAAUAUAGGUAACUUCAGGGCAAACCACAACUUUGGAAAGCAAAACUCAACCUCCAACAAACGAUCUAGUCUCCAAAAUCCAGUCUCCAAAACGCCGAGUCUAUCCUUCAUGCUUCAAAGUUUGACUGCCAAUUCCUACAUAUGAACGCACAUUGGUGCGGUCUCUGAUACCUCAACAAAGAGACAUUGCCCUAAAUUCUUUUAGAAGCCUGGUUUCUAGGAUAAGAGUUCCAUAAAAAUAUUAUCUCAAUUUAGACCUGUUUCCCUAGGUUGGCUCAUGCCACAUGUUGUCCAGAAUGACUCUAUCCAAAUUAGCAGUUUUAUGUCAACUUUCUGUUACCGACGUUAUAAUUUUUUAACCAUCUUCAAUAACUUAAAAGCCAAUAAUCUAUGACCAAGGUAUGUAGAGCAUAUUUAUACAUUUAAAACCAGUCAGAAACAAAAUUGAAGUGGCUACACAUGUCUUUAAUAUUUAGACCAAACACCAUUUUUACUUUUCUAGCUGUGAUAUUAAGAGAAGCACCUUGUCACCUGUUAAGUCUAAUAAUAAGUCAGGUAUUUUUCUAAGAGAAACAGCCAUCAGCUCCCGUAGACGCUCUGCCCAUAGAAGCUGAGGGGCUGUUGGCACCUUUAAGAUCAGCUCCUGUAGACGCUCUGCCCCCGGGCAGCUCUCCAGCUGACCUAGGCUCCUAGCUACAGAUACAGGGCUCCAAAGGCCGACUGAAACUGUUUUUUAUUCAUUUGUUCGUUUUUUUUGAAACGAAUUAAAACCAAAUCAAGGUGUGAACGACUGGCAGAUAAAGUUUUUACCAUUUUUUUAACAUGAAACAUAAAACAUUUAAACAAUGAGAAACAAAAACCACAGACAUAAACAGACAGCUUGGUGCACCAAGGACAGACAAUAGACAUAGAGGGGAAAAUCUAGAUGGUGUCCCACCGAAGGGACCCAGAUAUCCUACCUAUGGAACCCAGAACCAGAAAUAAGCAUUUCUCCAAUAGGAGCCAGCAGAGAGGCAGGAUGUCUCCUGCCUUUCUUCUGUUCCCAGGAGAGCUCUGAAAGUUUUUCUCUUUCUCCAAAGCAUCCACGGAGAGUCCGGGAGGACUGUUUUUCCCAAACCCAUUCUCUCUCAUGUCUAGGGUGUAAACUAUCUCUAAUCAGGGUCCAAAGACUAAAACAUAACUCUAAAAGAACGCAUACACAAAAACACUUUACCAUUACCUUGUCCCUUUUUUAUUACAAGUUUUACUCAAGCUAGCCCAUCUUACCCCACUACGUCCCUGUUUCCGCGCUGGCUUCCUCACCUUGAAACUCCUCUUAUGCUGACUUGGCCUGAGCUGUGCUGUUGCCCACGCACAGCCUGCAGCUUGCUUGCUAGCAGGCCUGCACUCUUGUCACCCUCAGCCCCACACUGCUUUCAUCAAUAAAACAAAAGAACUUGAUUAAAUCCUUUUUCUUAACUCUUAAUCGUCUCUCCCUGAGUGAGCACUUGAUCUCUCCUAUGAAACAAGCCUCCUUAGACAAUACCUUCCCCAUGACAAUUGGACGACAAUUAUUCAACUGGUCCUUACCUCCCUCUCCACCGACGCACGAGCAAUAUGGCCUGAAGAGUCCUCAAUUCCCGCUGCAGCUCUCUUGUCUCCGUCGUCCUGUAGUUGGCCGUGCUUCGGAGUCCCUGUUCAGGCGCCUUACCCCCACCAGCGGGGACCCAGUUAUUCAGGGUCCCGAAGAGGCUUUCUACCUGUGGGCCAAAUGGGGGUGAAGAGCAAAAGGAGACCAAGCAAAAGUUCUGUUGUCAAGGUCUCGUUUAUUGGGGUGAACGUUACAGCUUUUAAGGCUUUCAGGUAGGGGGAAUGUCCCUUGUGAAACAUGAAGGAUGGAGGGAUGAGGGUAUAGACAGUGAUAGCAGGAGGCAAAGAGGUCAGGUGGUGGAGACACCAGGUGUUGACUCAGGAGAUAACUGGUAUCUGCUCGAGCUGAGGCAUCCCGUGAAUGUUAUCUUCCUGUGCCGUAAAUUCAUGGGAGAGGCUUUUGUCCAACAAUCUCAAGACUUUAUGGCAGUCAUCUUAGGGGUGAAUAUCUGUGGCCAAACAGCCCAGAGUCACCUAGUCACUUUGAGCCAUGCAGUCAAAAAGUGGCCAGGCCCAAAUCCAAUAUGGCUCCCUACAUAUAUAUAUGUGUGUGUGUAUGUAUUCUGUACCAAUGCAAGAAAUUAAAGCUUCAAUUUUGCAUCACAUAUAAAGGUUUCUACCAAUAUAAGAUUAUGGCUAUACAACACUUUGUUUAAGAGUAAACUUAAUAUCCUAUCUCUAUUUGUCUAUUUUUGUACUAUUACUAUAUCCUCCCUUUUCCUUUCUACCCCAUCUCCUUUACAUAAGAAUGAAGGAUAGAGGAGAGGAAAGGUAAGGUUGAAAUCACUGAGUCUAGGCUCUCUAGUUUUCUCCCUGCCCAAAGUUAAAAGCAUUUGCCAAUUAUUUCUUAAAAUGACAAAGUAUCUCUAAUUCAUAAAAUAGUUAGAACCAUCUACCCCAACCUACCGAAGUUGGAUAACAACCUCCUAUUGCUUGCUUCUAGCUGAAUUAGGGUGAAGAGUUCCUUUCUAGGGCCCAAAGGGAAAUGGGAAAAUUGGUUUUGUCAGAGGUGGGCUAACUGGCAUCAUUUGCCUUCCAGUCUCUACGUGCUGAGAAGGUUCACGGCUUAGCUGAAGUCCUGACUAUAACAGUCUGGCAGGCUGGAUGGCUGAGCUAGCUGUUCUGGAACUGUCCUGGAAGCAAGGCUUUAGAGGAAACAGCUUCGAUGUAGUGGAGGUAAAAUCAAGCUAGGACCUAGAAUAGAAGGUCCCAGAAUCUCAGCAUCUCAGAAUAUGAGUUUUGUCAGGACUGUCUUUCUCUUCUUCCAUUCUGCAAUAUACAAACCUUACAAGCAACAAACAGCUCUGUAAAGACAUUCAUAUAGAACAUGUAGAGUCCACAGAUUAAGGAAGAUCAAUAAAGACAGACAACUGCAUUUCAAUAGAGGUUAGUUUGAUCACAUAAUCAAACUAACUGUUCAUUCAUACCAUUUACAGGAUGAUAUGUAACAAGUCAUGAGAAUUUUGAACCCAAUAAGUGUUAUUGGCAGUAGAUAGACAUUUAAGCCUCAUCUGGUCCCAUCUGUCUCUGUGUACAGAUAUAUAUACAUCACCUAUCUUGUUGAUCUUGUCAGUCUUCCUCUUGGCUGUAAGCCAAGGUUUUCAAGGGGGUCUCCCUUUGUCAAGUCUGAUCGUUAUCAACUUAGAAGGAACUCAAAGCUUUUCUUUUCCUGUGGAAAUACAGACAUAAUCUCUCUCCAGCAUAACCAUUUCCUGCUUUCCAUUCUGAUUUUAGAACUUCCUUAAAAUAAACAGGCUGGUCAGUUCAGUCCUUUCCACAAUCCAAUGUCUUACAGCAGCUGUUUUUGUCCAUUAGCAUUUUAAAAAUGUAAAGUUAGUAAAGUGCUAUGUCUUUAUCUCCUGAAUAUGUGACUAUAGUGUGAUGCACAUAUUUAACUUUACCAAACUCUGUAAAAUGGAACACAAUCCAUUUGCCAAAUUUCAUUUCUUUGCGUACUUUUAGGGUUACUGCCUGUAGUUAAUGGAGUUUGGUUAUAUUAUGAGCAAGUAGGCCAUUGCCUCAAAUUCUGUGCAUAGAGAUUCUUUAAACCUUUGCUGUUUGAGAUGGUGUUCUUUAUGGAAUGCUGAAGCCUCUGGUUGAUAGAAGAUAGCCACUUCCUGUCAAUGGCUGGUUAGUUUCAGGAUUGCCUUGUGCCCGAGAGCCUGGCAGACCUGUAAGGGAUCUUAUGUGUGUGAAGACAGCAGGUGACUCCUAUUCCUGAUUGAUUGUUGUAGCUGAAUUAUCCUGAGUAAGUUCAGCAGUCUCUGCGUAUAUUACAGAAAGGGUUUUCUGCAAAUUGAGAAUCAGCUACUAUAUCAAGAGAAUCUGGAAAAUCUGAUAACUCCAUAAGUAUUGCAUAUAAUUUUAAUAUUUGAACUGACUUACAGGGACUCUCAGCCACCUUACAUCUUCUGAUUUAUAUCCUGCCUUUCCUGAUUUACUGGCAUCAGUGUAAUAUUUAGUGGCUUCAGGAAUUGGAGUUCUUUUUACUAUACUAGGGAGACUCCAAUUAGUUCUUUUUAUAAACUAAAGUUACUUGCUUUUAGGGUAUUUGGUGUCAAUCUCUCCCCAAAAGUUACUUCAUGCUCUUUGCAAACGUUCAUCUUGUGUCCACAAUGAGUCAAUAUCUGCCUUAGUAAAAGGUACCACAAUCUAAGCUGAAUCCAUUCCAGAUAAUUAAUGGAAGUCUCAUUUUCCCUUUUAGUAUCAAAUCAGAAACCUUUUCUAUGUAGGUUUUUAAUUUCUUACUCUGUUUAUGUGCUAAAAUUUUCCAUUCUGAGAUAUAAUCCUCCCUCUGCGAGAGAAUUCCUGUAGGGGAAUGGGUAGAAGGAAAGAUGACUAAGAUGCAGGCCAUCUUUAGAUAAAUACAAUGUAGUUGUGUAUCCUGCAACUUCCUUUCUACCAGAGCUAACUCUUUCUCAGCCUCCACUGAUAAUUUCCUCAGGCUAUUUAAAUCUUUAUCACCUUGUAAGGUUUGAAAUAAAUCACUCAGCUCUUGAGUUGCCAAUCCAAUUGCAGGCCAUAGCCUGCUUAUAUCUCCUAGUAGCUUCUGGAAAUCAUUAAGAGUCCUUAAUUGUUUUCUUCUGUUUUACACCCUUUGUGGCCUAAACUUUUGUAGACUUAUUCUAGAUAAUUAAUUAAUAGAAUCCCCUCUUUGUAUUUUUCAGGGACGAUUUACAGUUCCCAGCAAAGCAAGGUUUUUUUUUUUUCUUUACUUCAUCAUUCUUUCCAGGAUAUUUAUGUCUGAAUCAGCCAAUAGGAUAUCAUCCAUCUAAUAAUAAAUAAUGGAUCGAGGAAAUUGUUUGCCAGUCGUCUCCAGUGGCUAUUGUAUAAAACAUUGAGACAAGGCAAGGCCAUUUCCCUGGGGCAGGACUUUCCAAUGAUAUCUUUUUAUUGGACAAAUUCUAUUAAAGGUAGGUACUGAGGAAACAAACCUUUCCUUAUUAUGUUCAUCUAGAGGAAUUGUGAAAAAAAGUCUUUUAGAUCAAUCACUAUGAUAGGCCAUUCCUUAGACAACAAGGAAGGUGAUGGGAACCCAUUGGCUGAAUAAUCUUAACUGUUCUGAGAUCUGUCAACAUCCUCCAUUUUGCCAGACUUUUUUUAAUGACAAAUAAGGGCUGGUGGACUGCUCUUUAUGCUGCUUCUGGACUAGCUGUUCUAGUGCCUGUAGUUUUUCUUUUGUCAUAGACCGUUCAUCAAUCCAAAUAGGUUGGUCAGUCAACCACCUUAGUGGUGAGGCUGUUGGUGUUUUAAAAGCAGUGGAUCUUUGAAGUAAAGCUGAAUUGUCAGCCCCUGCUGGGCCUUAUUUUUGGACAGUCCGAAACUGUCUUUAAUAACAUUCCUUAGCUAAUUUGAUUUUUUUUUUAUUAGAAAUCUGACUGGUUUUGCGUCUAGCCUCUAAAACUGAAGGGAUAUUGACUAGUGUUUUCCACUGUUGUAACAGUUCUCUUCCCCAUAAGUUUAUGGCUAUAUCAGGCUAUAUUGAGGCUAUGUAUGGCCUUAACUUUCCUAUCUGACCCUCAGGCCCUGUACAUUCAAGCCAUCUGGUAUUUUGCUUUAUUUGGGACAAAGUACCAACUCCUUGAAAUUGGAUGCAUACUUCUUCUUGAAGUGGCCAAUCUGCAGACCAAUGUUUUGGAGAGAUAAUGGUGCAUCUGCCCCGUGUUGACCAUUCCUUCAAUUUCAGCUUCGUUUACUAAUAUUCCAAGCUUGGGCCUUUGAUCCUCUAUAGAAGUUUGCCAAAAUAUUCAUUUUGGGACCCCUUAUAGGUUUUCUAAAUUGUUUGUAGAAUUUGCCUCAGCCUUGUUAUCUGGUCUCAAAACUUCUGUUUUCAGAGUAGUGGUGUUUAAUUGUCUUGAGGAAAAGAACUCUCUCAGUCUGGCAUUGGGGUCUGCAAGAGGACCCUCUGGGAGUCUUUUGGUAAGAUGUUGUCUCAUUUGUCUGUCAUUGCUCCACAUUCCCUAGUCCAGUGUUGCCCUUUGCCACAUCUUUUGCAUAUUCCAGAAAGCAUAGACUCACUUUUGGGAUUAAUUUGAUUUUCUCUGCAGUUUAUUCUGAAAUGACCCUGUUCACCACAAUUAAGACAUUAGAAAUUUUGGGUCAUCUCAAGGCCUCUAGUGGCAGUUUCUCCUACUAACGUUAUAUCAGGCAAAUGAGGUCUAAGAUCAGCUGUAAUGUAAUCCACUCAUCAACCGAUGCCUUCUGAGGUCUGAUCACUUGCAUUCAGCAUUUGCAUUUUCAAAAGCUAAGGACUCGAUUAGUGCCUUUCUUGCUAAUAGAUCCUAUAUCUUCCCUUCCACAGCAGAAGUUAACGUUUGCAAAAAGUCAGAGAAGUUAGACCUUGCAUAACUUGGAAAAAAUGGUUCAAGUCUUUUUCCUGUCUCUGUGACUUUGUCCCAGAAGUGUAAGGCUGCCAAGUGACACAAGGUCAAGUUUCUUCCAUCAUAGACACCCUGCACUUCUACCAGGCAGCUGACCUUUAGAAACACCUACCCCGUCUCUUUCCUCCACCAUGGGAACCCUCAUGAAUGUGACCCAGGUUCUACUACUGCUUUGCCACCAUAGUCUUCCAGGCUUGGAUCAUUCUACUUUUAAUAGCCCAAGAAGUCAGGACUGGUUUUACAAACAGCAAAUGUAUCCCAAAAUUAGUGACACUUCCCUUAAAUGUCCUCAGUUCUAGCACAUCCAUGAGUUGCCAUUCAAGUUCCUGAUAACCCUGUGGAUGAUCAUCUGGGGGUCUUUGUUGUACACUAACCGGAUAAACUAAAGUUUGUUUUCUAACGACCUUGGUUGACUUUCUCUAAUUUUAUCUUUUAUCUAUACCUGAAUAUUUUCCCUAACCGAUCUUUUAAGUUCCUCCCUUAAGGUCUGUGCUCUUGCUUCAUAGCUCUGCUUUGGUUGUUCAUCCUGUUCUAUAAGUUCCUCCAUUCCCUGUUCAAGGUUCUGUUUCCACAUCUUAAUUUUUUUCUCUAUAUCACAAUUAUUUUGAUUGAUUAAUUUCAAAAGGUUCUCCUCCAAGCCUUGCUUCCAAUCCUCAUUAUUUCCCUCUGCCACUCAGUCUGAUGGGCGAGCUGUUGCAUCGUUUGUUCUAGUGUCUCUUCCAGCUCCUGUCUCCAACCUUCAUUUUCUUCUCUCUGUCACCUAUUGUGACCUAUCAAUUCCUGUGGCUUUAGUUCUAGUGUCUCCUCUCAGCCAUGUCGCCCAGUCUUAAAUUUCUUCUGUUGUUCAUGCUGCUCUGUAAAUUCCUGUAUCUUCUGUUCUAGGCCCUGCUUCUGUAAUUUCAAUUUCUCAUUAUGUUGUAAUUCUAUUAUUGUAUAAUCUACCUUCUAGCUUAGGAAAUUAUCCUCUCUACUCUGCUUUCAAAUUUUAUCUCUAUCUCUUUGCCAUUCAGUCAGAUCUAUGAAUUUCUAGCAUCUUUUCCAGUUCCUGUCUCCAACCUUCAUUUUCUUUUCUCUGUCACCUAUUUUGACCUAUACAUUCCUGUCCCUUUAGUUGAAGUGUUUCCUCUAAUCCCUUUUCUAAGGCUCAUAAUGUUUAUCUAGGGCCCUGUCUUUUGAGAAGACAUGAUAAAUAAGAUAGUAAACAUUGUAAUGCUAACUGGCAAUGUGUCCAUUUCCUUUUAAUCCAUACAUGUCAAACCAUGCAAAAUAUCAUCCUACAAAACCCAAAAUUGUAUUUUUAAGCUUUAAGUAUUUUAAAAUUGUAUGUAAAUCAAUGUAUAUAUAAUACUUAUUACCUGAUCCAGACCUUCUUGUACCUCUUUCUCCCUCUGCUGUUCAAAUUGGGACACUGCAGUUCACUUCUGGGCUGUCCUGCCUUUGUUUGAAUCAUGGCUGCUGAUCUGAGAGCAGAUCUGACUGUCCUGAGCCUAUUUAGACCUGGUGAAGAGAGGGAACCAGGAAGCAAGCACAAGAAGGUUCUCUGGGCCAGAGAUGCGUAGAUCAACAUGCUGUGCCUGUGAGAAGGCUACCUCACAGGCAGUCUCACCCAGGGUCUCUGAGCCCUCCCUAGGCUCAGGGAACCCAAACCAUGUUGCAACACCAGUGCUACCCAAGUCCCACCUAGGGCUGGGGUGUUGCCCCUGGCUGCCAUGGGGCUCUGGGAGGGAGCCUCUCAGAAGCUCUCUGUAGACCCCCUUAGACUCACUCAGCGUUUCAUCCACACACUGCUGCAGCCCUAGAUCACAGCCUAGCAUUUCACACUGCACAAAGGGAACUUUUUUCUCAGGUUAGUUGGGUUCUAAACCUAUCAUCUAUCUAUUUGUGGUAGUAAUUUCCAAUCCCAUAAGCCUUUAUAAAAAAUGCACAAUCCAUAUAUUAUAUUCAUCAACUAUAUGCCUAGAUUGGGCAGAUCUAAAACUAUACUAACUUGAUUCCUCUGCUACUUGCAGUUUCUCCUGGCCAUGUGUUCUAUAGUUUCAUGAAGUCUCAUUUAUUAAUUGUCGAUCUUAGAGCCUGAGCCAUUGGUGUUCUGUUCAGGAACUUGUCUCCUGUACAAAUGCGUGGGUAUUUCCCACUUUCUCUUCUUUGAAAUUCAGUGUAUUCAGUUCUGUGUUGAGGUCUUUGAUCCACCUGGACUUGAGUUUUGUGCGGGGUGAUGAAUAUGGUCUAUUUUCACUCUUCUACAUGUAGGCAUCCAGUUAGUCCAGCACCAUUUGUUGAAGAUGCUUUCAUUCUUUGUAAAAUUGUUUUAUUUACAUUUCAAAUGUUGCCUCCCUUUCUUGUCCCCCCUCAAGACUUCUUUACUCCAUUCCCCCUCCCCUUUGCCUCUGAGAGGGUGCUCACCACCUCACCACCACACCCUUUUUCAGGGGCAUCAAGUUUCUACAGGAUUAGGUGCAUCCUCUCCCACUGAGGCCAGACAAGGCAAUCUUGUGCUACAUGUGUGCCUAGGGCCAUGGACCAGCCCCUGCUUGUUCUUUAUGGUAGCUUAGUCUCUGGGAGUUCCCAGGGGUCCAGGUUAGUUGAGCAUUGGUCUUCAUAUGGUGUCAAUAUCAACCAUCAGCUCCUUCAGUCCUUGCCCUAAAUGUUCCAUAGGGGUCCCAGACCUCAGUCCAAUGGUUGACUGUAAGUAUCUGCAUCUGUCUCAGUUAGCUGCUGGUAGAACCUCUCAGAGGACAGUCAUGCAGGAGUGCAACUGACUGCGAGGUAGUUUUCAGGCAGACACAGUGAGCCAUCUAUGCCUGAGGGAACCUUUCCGUGCUUGCUCCCCCAUACGCCCAAAGUCUACCCAGGACAUCUGACAGCCAGGCCUGCUCUCCCUACUGCUUGUGCUGCAGGCUGCCUGAGGUCAGCGCACAGGCUGCCUGCUGAAACCCAAAGAUAGAGAGCCAGCUCAGAAGUACAGAAGCUGCGAUCUUUCUACAGUCAGCCACUCCCUGUGAAUAAAAGAAUCUAAGAGGACUGCAGUGUCCUGAAUUGAACAGCAGAGGGAGACAAAUGUACAAAAGGCUCUGGAUCAGAUAAUAAGGAUUAUACAUUGAUAAUAUAUACAUACACCUACCUAAAGAAUCACAAUAAAUAACACCUUUUGGGCUUUAUGGGAUGAUAUUUUGAACAGUUCAACAGGGAUGGAUUUAAAGGAAAUAGAUACCUUGUCGUUUAACACAACUGCAAUAUUUAUUCUCUUGAUUUGCUAUGUCUUCUCAAAAGACAGGGCCCUGGAUAAAACAUUAUGUGCCUUAGAAAAGGGAUUAGAGCAACCACUAGAGAAGUUCAUAGAUGAGACUGAGCAACAGAGAGAUAAACUUAAGACUUGGCAACACAGCCUGGAGGAAACUCUAGAACUGAAGGCACAGGAAAUUGCAGGUCAUAAUAAGCAAGAGGUUGGAGACAGGAGCUGGAAAAGAUACUAGGAAAAAAGAUAAAGAAUUUCAUAGAUCAGAUUGAACAACAAGGGGAUAGAGAUAAAAUUUGGAAGCAGAGUCUAGGGGUUGGGGAUUUGGCUCAGUGGUAGAGCGCUUGCCUAGCAAGCACAAGGCCCUGGGUUCAGUCCCCAGCUCCGAAAAAAAAAAAAAAAAAAAAGAAAGAAAAGAAAAGGAAGCAGAGUCUAGAGAAUAAUUUACUAAAGCUAGUAAAUCAAAAUAAGGUAGAGGCUGCAACAUCAGAAUGACAACAUAAGUUUUAAAAUGUGGAAGAAGAGCUGUGAGCAGAGAGCAAAGGAACUCAGGGAACAGGAAGAAGGGACAAGAGGAGAGAUAUGAGGCAUGGGCACAGACCUUAAGGGAGGAAUUUAAAAUUUCAAUUAAGGAAAAUACUCAGGUAGACACAGAAGAUAAAUUAGAGAAAGCCAACCAAGGUUGUUAGAAAACAAACUUUAGUUUAUCUGGUUAUCGUACAACAAAAUCCCCAGAUGAUCAUCCACAGGGUUAUCAGGAACUCGAAUGGCAAUCUGUGGAUGUGGUAGAACUGAGGAAAUUUAAGGAAAGAGUCACUAAUUUUGGGAUGCAUUCACCAUUUGUAAAACAAAUCCUGACUUCUUGGGCUAUUAAAAACAGAAUGAUCCAAGCCUGGAAGGCUAUGGCAAGAGCAGUAGUAGAACCUGGGUCACAUUUACAAUGGUUCCCAUGGUAGAGAGAAGAGGGGAAGGAGACACCACAACAAAAUAGGGCCAGGAGCAGACGCAGCAAACAUUAAGCUCCUCAGAAGGGAGAGGUUAGGGACACUGAAUGGGUAAAUGUUUCAGGGAAGAUCUGAGAAAGUCUUACCAGGACAAUUCGUCAGGGUCUUUGAACAUGGCCUACUCAUGGGAGUUAUGGGAUUUCUUUACCUGGUAUGACAAAUAGAGCCUGGAAAUAGACUUAUACGCAAGUAGACUGAUAUUAAACAAUCAUUUAGGCCUUGAUCUCGUGAAGGUUGGGGCAGAAGACAGCAGAAAUGCUGUCUCAGCAGUUAACAUUUGUUCAGACUGCUUUAUUUGCUUUGGGUUGUUUUUUUUUUUUUUAUCAAAUGAGUGUGGUUCUGAGUCUAGUAUUGUACAAUUCCUCUGGGAGAGCGAUCAAGUUAAACAUUUAAUGAUUUCCAGUUACUGGCCCAAGGACUUGUUUUAUUUUCUCUUGUUUUGUUUUUCUUUUCUUUUCUUUUGUUUGGAAGGAAGCCUCUACGUUUUGACAGGAAAGGCGAAUAGGCUCUGACCCCUUCUAGAGUGAUAUGGAUCAGAAAAUGCAAGGGGAGACCCCCCUGAAGAACUAGAAAAUUUAAGAGAAUCAAACAGGACAGUUAAAGAUUCUUUGCGCCAUCCUCACAUGGCAUGAAUGAAGACUCACUACAAUUGGUUAUUAAUAAAAUUAAGUCAUAAAAAAGACAGCUGUCUUUCUCCUGCUCAAACAAGGAGAAUUUCAUCUUGCACAAUCCAUACAAAUAUCUUAGUGAUGCUAAAAAUUUGGUUGUGAGAUUCAUAUAUUACAGAAUGUACAGCUUUGGUGAGAUUCAUCCUCAGAGAUGCAGAACUGACCUGCCUGGCCCCCUGAUUCAGUUGCUGUUCAAAACAGCUUCAGGGACUGCCAUGGGUUCCAGGCCACCUUGCCUCAUCCAACCUUUCAGACAAUCCAGUCAGAACUUCAGUCAAGUUCUGAACCUUCCAGAUAUGCAAAGACUGGAUAACAGAUGCUAAAGCUAGCUUUCUCAAAUUUAACCAAAUUUUCUAAUUUUCUUACCCUUCCUCACCCCUUUAAAGAAUUUUUUGUCACUUCUAUUCAGCAGGAAGAAGUUAUAGAGCAUCAUCAACCCAAGUCCCUUAGAUUGGGGUGGAUGGUUCUGGUUAUUUUAUGAAUUAUAGCUAUGUUGUCAUUUUAAGGUAUACUUUACAAAUGUUAUAGCUUUGGACAGGGAGGAAACUAGAGAGCUUAAACUCAGGGAUUUCUACCUUCUUCUUCUCUGUCCUUCCUUCUUAGGUAAAGAAAAGAGGGGAUGAAAAAGAAAAGAGGGUAUAUAGUAAUAUAAAAAUUAGAGGAAUAACAAAACAUUGUAUAGCCAUAUCUUACAUUGGCAGAAAUCUUUAUAAUUAAGCAAAUUGAAGUUAUAAGUUUACAUUGGUACAGAAUUUAUAGACUGAUGCAGGUUUAAGGUUUUUGUUGGUGUGAAUUUCUUGAUACAAGAUUUGAAAUUAAUACUGUUACUCUUUGAUAGGCAUUGUACCUAUGCAACUCAUCUAAGAAUACAAGGCUUAGACCCAGUCCUUCUAAUACCUGCCAUUACAAACUGUUUAGGAUGAAUAAGUAACAGAAGUUAAGGGCCAGAUAGUAAACUCAUGGUUAUAUUAGAUUCUAAUUUAAUUAUAAUAAAUGUUUUUAAUUUACUCAAAUAGAAAUGACUAAGAAUAAUUAAGGUCUAAGAGUUCAGAUAUACUUCGUAUAAAUAGUCUUCAAAGGUGUCAGAAGUCCACAGAAAACAACAUUUAAGGCCAUUUCAUUUUUAAAGAUCAUUUCACUAGAGACAUACCCUGAUAGCACCCCUUCUUGGUUCAAAGAAGAAAUUGAGCAUCAGUGGAGUUGUUCCAGUUGUGGCGAGAUAGCCACUAGGCAAGAAUUGCCUCAACUCAUCUAUAGACAAAAAUACUGUCCAGGAAAAAGGCACAGUAUGCAAAAUAGUCGACUGAUAGCUCUGCCAAUACAGGGUAAGCAGUCCUUCCUAAUUCUGCUUUACAAAGGUCAUCAGAUGAUCCUGGCCAGAGGGCUGAAGGCUGAUGCUCCAACGUUUUAAGGAAUGAGGGACUGUCCAGGUAGUCAACAUCUCUACAAAUUGGUUAAGUCUUGGAAGCUAUGUUUUGUGCUUCCUAUAUUUUCAAGUAAUAUUUAAAUUGUUCUCAGAUUUCUGACAGAGGUGAAGACUGGUCAUAGUCUCAUAGACAACUCAAGCUAUUUAGCAUUGAGAAAAAUGAUAUAGAUUUGAGAGGAUGAUUUUCAGAUGAUAAUACAAGCUGAAACUAGGACAUAAUUCAUGUAUAGAAUUGCAAGCUUUUUAAGCUAGGAUGAUAGAGUGCUUUAUCUAAAUUGACAAAUAUGAUGGACUGAGUGUUCCUAUACUUUAUAAUUUACUAAUUGUAAAUUAUAAGUUGUGCUCAAUUUAUAUCUUCAAAAAAGGAACCUUUUAACUGGACAGAAAGAGAGAAAUGUUGUGGGUUACCCUGGUGCUGUUUGUAUUCUGAUGUUAAUUCUGCUUCCUCAAGAGGACCUGCCCUGACAAGGAGUGGAUACCAUACUCAGGUCAUUUCAUGUGAACCUUUUCCCCAUUUAAACUGGUCAAGUAAAGGCUAGACCCGUGAUUGGGCAGUGGAAGGAAAAAGAUGGAGCUGGAGGUUUUAGAGAGGUGUCGGGGGAGAAGGGAAGGAGAGAGAAAGAGGAGGUAGAAGGAAGAUGGAACAAAACCACAUGGCCCCGAGAAGCCUCAAGUAGCAAGGGAUCUCAUAGCUGAGGAAUAGAGUAGUAUAGUGGUAAAUCUGCCCAAUCUAAGGGCACUGGGUUGUGUGUUUUUACACGGGUUUUUGGAGUUGAAGAUUUACUGCAGUGCCCAUCCCAUGGGCAAGCAUCAAUCCCUAACACUAUUAAUGAUACUCUGUUUUGCUUGUAGACAGAGAAUGUUGUCCUCUUUGAGAAACCCCCCCUUCACCCCUAGCAGCUGACUCAGACAGAUACAGUGGAUGAAGCUUUGGAACUCUUAUGGAAGAAUAGGAGGAAGGAUUUCGAGCUCCAAAGGGGAUAGGAGUUCCACAGGAAGGCCGACAGAGUCAACAAACUUGGAUCCUUGGUGCUUUCAGAGUCUGAAGCACCAUCCAAAGAGCACACCCAAGCUGCACUUAGGCCUCCCCACUCACAUGUAGCAAUCAUGCAGCUUGAUCAUCAUGUGGGUUCUGAACAACAGGAACAGGGGCUAUUUUAAAAGCUGUUGCCUGGAAAGGAUUGAAGGAGUUGAAGGGGAUGGCAUAAGAACAACAACAGUAUCAACUAACCUGGAUCCCUGGGCGCUCCCAGAAACUGAACUAACAAUCAAAGAUAUACACUGGUUAAUAAGGCUAUCAGCAUAUAUGUAACAGAGGACCACCUUGUCUGGCCUCAAUGGGAAAGUAUGCACAAUCUGGCCUCAGUGGGAGAUAAUCUUCUUGUGCACUCUGUACAGAUUGUCUCUAUUGUUUCAAGUGUUGAUUUCUGGACCAGCAGAAUGCUUUCUGAACUGUUAUUUUUAUGAAGCAUCACCUAUCUCGUUGUUUUCUAAACAUUCUUCUGCAGCACAUUCUGACUUGUUUAAUAAAGAGCUGAUGGCCUAUAUCAGAGCAGGAGAGAGAAAAUGGAACAUCAGAAAAGAGAGAGGAACUCUAGGAAGGAGUCAGGUGGAGGGAUUCACCAGUCAAACACAGAGGAAGGAGCAGGUGCCAGAACUGAAGGGGAGAGAACGUGAUACAUGGCAGAACUUAGAUUAGAAAAUUAAUUAAAAGAAGGUUAAUUAAAUUAUACAAGCCAGUUAGGAACAAGCCUAAGCUAAGGCCUGAGAUUAAUAAGUCUGUCAUUAUUGGAAGAGGUCAGGUUGAGACAGUCUGGUGGUACUCUUGAGCUGAAGGGCUUCGCUUAGAGGAAAUCAGCAAGCAGUUUUUCUUUUUUUAUGGAGACUUCCUUUUUGGCAAAUCAUAGAAGCCUUGUUAGAGUUAGCAUUUUGUGACCAUUUCCUGCCUGGUUUCUCGACUCUGGCUGCACAGUACUCCAUCUAAUGAAUGGGGAGAACCUGAUGUGGUUUGUAUAUCCCUGUUCAGGCCAGAGACAUCCCAUUGCCCUCUCGUUCUUUCUGGUUAGAUAGUACAAACUUGGAGUCAUGUAGAUGCCCUGGUAAGACCAGGGGGAGCUUAGUUCAAUAGAGUUCCAAAGGCUAGGAACUGUAAGGUAUUCUGUGAGAUUAGGGGCAAAAGCUAAAGAUUUGGAUAGACCCAGCAUGAGAUUUGGGAACUGGGGAAGACUCAGAGCCACCCAGCCUUUGAUGGGUGCCUAGCAUCUGGAUGGUACAAGAAAGAAUUGUUAAAUGUCAUUGUCCGUGUACUCUAUUGUCAUUGGCUCUGUUUUCUGUUGUUGCUUGGGCCUUAUGUCUUGUGUGUCUGGUCUAUCUUCAUGUUUCUGACUUGAGAUGGUAUGGAAACCUUGCACCCAUAAGCCAGGCACCAAUGAUUCCACCCCACCUCCUACCCUGGGUCUAGUUGGAAUGAGGUCGGAUCAUGCUAUCUGCAAGCUGCUUUUGGAAAAGUCACUCCCAAUAUGGAGUUUUGAGGGAGUAGGAUUUGCUUGGAACCUGUAGGCUUAGAUUUUUUUUUUCAAAACCUACUUUAAUUAGGGUUCUUUAACCCUUCAAUAUCGGGUUGGGGAUUUAGCUCAGUGGUAGAGCGCUUGCCUAGCAAGCACAAGGUCCUGGGUUCAGUCCUCAGCUCCAGAAAAAAAAAAAGUCACAAACCCUUCAAUAUCCCUUCUAGCGGACCUACCAGAGGUAGGGGGAAAGAAAGGUUAAUAGGAAACAGAGGUCGUAGACCUGUUUAGAAGUAACCCUUUGGGGGAUAUCCCAGUCUUUGUUGUCAGGAUAUAAGCAGCCCAGUCCAAAACAUCAAACGUCAGUCGGUAGUGGCAAUGCAGUCUAAUUGGCAAACACCAAACAUGAAUCAGUAGCAGCAGCUCAAUCCAGCCGAAAUAGCAUGAAAAGUUUUUGGCAAGUUUCUAUGAAGUCACAAGCAAAGGUCCUUGACUUGGUACAAAGCAAACCAAUACAAGAGCCUGGUCUCUCUGUUAUAUUUGUAUUCUUUCUAAUCAUCACGUGUCCUUUCAUGUGUCUGCCUCAACAACACAUUCCUUCACCUAUCUACUUCAGCAAAACAGCCUCUCACCUGUCUGCUUCAGCAAAACAUCACAUGACAUAACUGAGUCUCCAAAGAAACCAGGAACUUCCACUUUAGGGACCAGUGGUUAUUGUUUAAAAACCCAGAGUCCCAUGAGGAAAACAGCGGCCAAUCCUAUUACAGCACCACUGUCCCUGAGAAAAUGGGAUUCAGCAGCUGUGAGGAGCGCCUACGCUGAAAUUCCAGCACUGGAGGAGGACUACUUAACAAACAAACUGCAACCAAUGGCAUCAACCACCAAUCUACCAACCUGUGCCUCCUGCAUCAAGGCCAUAACAUUUAUAUAUCUAUAAAUAAAACUAUUAUUCAUCUGAUGUAAUUGUCUUCUCAGAGGUUUACACCAAAUUUGAAGAACGUAUUCUACCUCUUUGGGUGGUCCCAGGAAAUUGUUGCUUUCUGUCUCAUGUCUCCUGUCCUCUGCAACAUUUUUGUCAGAUAACCUCUGCGUUCUGCAAUGUGGGUUGGUUUUCAUUUUUCUCCAAUCAUGUUAGGUUUUCCCUCCAACCACAAUGAGUGCCAGAAGCAAAAGUAUCUUUUAUUCACAUGAUAUAAUUGUCAUCUUCAAGGCUUACUGCUUCCACCUGCUAAUCUAGGCCUAGUCCUGGAGGUUUCUAGUCUCCAUACAAUCUAAUCUAGGCCUAGAAUGUUUUCAGCCUUGAGACUUGUUGCUGAGUAAACUUACUCCUUCUAGCUCUUUCUGAACUCUGGCUGACUAUUCAACUUAGUUGUUCUGGCCCAAACUCCUCUCUAAGCUCUCUAUUUGGCUUCUCUCUACUUCUUGUAUAUUACUCUGUUUGUUCUCAUACUAACUUUAUAAUCUGUUCUAAUCUUCUGGUUCCUUCUCAUUCCUUAACCCAUUUGUCUUCACCUGUUUUUAGCUUUUUCACGUUCUGCAACCUUACAACUGUUCUUACAACUUGACUCUUACACUUUGUCUCUUACAAACACCCUGAUAAAACUGCCCUCUCCCUUUCUGCACUGAGAUCUUUUCUCUUUGUUCUUGUGAGAACUGAGCAUCUAUUCUGUCAAAUCUUUCUUUGACUCAUUACUUUGUCUGCCACUCAAUUAUGUAAGGAAGCAUGAGUGCUUCCUUCUACAUAUUAACUUUACCCUCAUUGUUUGGAUUAAAGGUAUAUAUUAAAAGCGUCUCUGUAUUCCAUCAAAAGGGAUUAAAGGUAUGGACUAAGACUGAGCCGCACCACAACUAGAAACAAGUUUUCCAGUAAGAGGUACAGUCUCAAGGUUGACAGUGUGAUCAAAUAUCCUGCAACAUCCUCAGACCAGCAAGAACCUUGGUCCUCUGGAAAGGGCCUCUGUCACCACUGAAACUUAAAGAAGGCCUUAGAUUGCAGUGGAUAUAUUGGAGAAGGCCUAAAGUUGCAGUUAGAAGUUUUAAAAUAAAUUGUGCUCCAGUGAGGACCAAAGAAAGACCUAAGAUCUUCACUAGAUUUUGAGAAGACCUUUGACUUAAGUGAAAACCUAGAGAAGGACUUGGGCCCCAAUGAUUAUCUGCAGAAAAAUUUAGGCGAAAUUCUCCAAACAUAGUAAAAAACUGUUGAUGACUUUGUAGAACCUGUGAGGACUUUGGGCUAUUUGGGGGCAAUAAUGAUUCUUGGGUACUGACUUAUCCUACAGUGAUUAAACUAGACUCCAGUGAGUACUUGCAGGAGGCCAUGGACACCAGGAAUAAUCAUGGCAAGUCUCAGGCUCAGAGAGAAUCUGGAAAAGUCCUCAGUCAUCAAUGAGACUUUGGAGAAAUGCCUUAGAUUGGCAUUGAGUACCUGGAGAAAGCCUCAAGGCACAGAAGGGUUAGAAUGUUUUGUGCUCUAGAGAGGACCAAGGUAAGGCUGAAAGUCUUCACAAGACUGUUGUAAAGACCCUUGACUUAAAUGAGAAUCUGGAGAAGGCUCUAAGUUCUGUUUAGAAAGGUUAGAAAGCUUUGUGCUCCAGUGAGACCCUGAGAAAGACCUCAGGUCCUAGGGAUAAUAUACAAAAGGCCUAAGAUCUCAGCAAGGACCUGAAGGUUUCCCUUCUGCCCAAAUGGGAAGCUGAUGAAAGUUGUAAGAGACAGAACAUAAGGAAGGCAUUCAGAACUAAUGAAGGCCUGAUGGAGGCCUUAGAGAACCUGUGAGACUAGGGCAAUUUUUUAGGCCCAGUGAGACCCUGGAUAAUGCUUUAGGAUCCAUUGAGAAAUGAAGACCCAAGGAGAACAUGGAGAAGGCUUUAGACAUCAGUGACUAUCUAAGAGAACCUCAAAUCUGAGUGAGCAUGUAAAGAACUUAAAACCAAAUGAUAAUCUGGGAAAGGCCUUAUUAGGCUCCAGGCAGAGCCUAAUAAGAAUAUAUAGAAAACUUGAUGAGAAUAUAUAGAAAAUCUGAUGCCUACUGUAGUUCCUGGAUAAUGCCUUCAUACCAAGGAAAAAUUUUAGGUGCUGGACCAUUGUGAGAAUCUCUGGUAGGCCUAAUGCCUUGUUGUGACUUGCAAAGGCCUUAGAUCCAAGUCAUAAGGCAGAGAAGGUCUUUAGUCACAGAAAGAACUUGUUGAGGCUUAAGUCCAGGUGAGAAACAGGCCUUGGGGUCCAAGAAAAACUUGGGUAAAAAUUUAAGACCCAGAGAGAAUAUGGGCAAUUCUUUAAAGUUCUUAAAAAACCUGGGAAGACUUUUGCCUAUUAUAAUAAUAUCCCAAGAAACUCCUUACACACCACAAGAAUCUGGAAACAUCUUUAUCUCCACUUAUACCCUGGAAAGGGAUUAGACUCAAGUGAUAGCAUGUGGUAGCCCUUGGAUCCCAAUGAGAACCUGAGGAAUCCCUUAGUCUUCACUGAAACUUUGGGUAAGGCCUUAGGUCACUGUCAGAACCUUGAGAAUCCAUAAGUUCCAAUGAGAAUGUGGUAGUUUCUUGGCUCCAAAUUCUGGGCUCCAGUAACUACCUAGGAACGAUGUAAACUCUGAGGAGACUUUGCAGAAGGUCUUAGAUACCAGUCAGAGCCUAAAGAAGGUUCUUGGUCCCAGUGAGAAUAUUCAGAAAGUUUUAGGUCACAGUGAGAACUAGGAAAAAUUCUUCAGAUACAUUGCAAACACAGAGAUGACUUUAUAGAACCUGUAAGGUGUUGGGAAUAUUUUUAGGCCACAGUACAUCCUUUGGUCAUUUCUUAAUAUACAGAGAGAACCUAGACAAGACUUUAAGACCCUGCAACAGACUCAGAAGCUCCUAGGCCCCAGUGACAAAGAAUGCCCUAGAUACCAGAAACAAUCCAGAAAACCUUAAGACCCAUUGAGUAUCUGGGAAAGUCUCAAUGAGACUUUGAAGAAGGCCUUAGAUUACAGUGAGUACCUGGAGUACCUUAAGUUCCAGUAAAACAUAUUAGAAUGUUUUUGGCUCCAGUGAGAACCUGGGAAAGGCCUGAGUUCUCAAAUAGACUUUGGGGAAGUCCUUUGAAUACCAUGAAAUCAUAGAGGAGGUUUUAAGUCCCAUUGAGAUCCUGCAGAAAGUUUUAGGCCACAGCAAGAAUAUGUGGAAGGUCUCCAGACUCUGUCAAAACCCAUCAAAGACCUUAUUGAAUUUUUGAGAACUUGUACAAAUUUUGGGCCUAGUGAGAACUGGUUAAUGCCUUAGACGCUCAUGAGAAUCUGGAUAAGGAUUUGAGACAGUCAUAACAUGGGGAAAGUCUUGGUCCUGAGUUAAUACUGGAUGGUUUUAGGUCCCAGUGACUUCCUGGAAAGGCAUUAGGAUACACUCAUAACUUCUGAAAGCCAUAGGCUCCUGUGAGUACACUGUAAAACUUUAAGACCCAAUGAAAAUAUGUUAAAAGUCUGUUACCAUUGAGUAGCUGAGGAAUCCCAUAAGCUCUAGUGGAAACCUGUAAAAAGAAAUUUAGGCCACAGUGAGAACCUGUUCAAGACCUAAGGCUUCAAUGAAUCUUUGGAUAAGUCCUUAGACCCAAAUAAGAACCUGCAAACAGUCUUUAGUCCAAUUGAGAAGCUACAGAUUCAGUAAGAACCUGGAGAACUCCUUAGACUCUGAGGUCCUGAGUUCAAAUCCCAGCAACCACAUGGAGGCUCACAACCGUCCGUCGUGAGAUCUGAUGCCCUCUUGUGGUCAUUGUUCCAACAUGGCCCUGUGGAUCCGCUUCCUGCCCCUGCUGGCCCUGCUCAUCCUCUGGGAGCCCCGCCCUGCCCAGGCUUUUGUCAAACAGCACCUUUGUGGUUCUCACUUGGUGGAAGCUCUCUACCUGGUGUGUGGGGAGCGUGGAUUCUUCUACACACCCAUGUCCCGCCGCGAAGUGGAGGACCCACAAGUGGCACAACUGGAGCUGGGUGGAGGCCCGGGGGCAGGUGACCUUCAGACCUUGGCACUGGAGGUGGCCCGGCAGAAGCGCGGCAUCGUGGAUCAGUGCUGCACCAGCAUCUGCUCUCUCUACCAACUGGAGAACUACUGCAACUAGGCCCACCACUACCCUGUCCACCCCUCUGCAAUGAAUAAAACCUUUGAAAGAGCA